CCUCCGGGGAAACCGGCCAUGGCGCCCAAGCGGCCCAAGAGCGGCAGCGCGGCCUCGGCGCCACCCGGGACCGGCUCCAAGAACUGGGAGGCUGGGCUGGUGUCUGCCCGGUUAGAGGAGGUGCGUUGGGGGGGGGCGCGGGGAGACACACGUGUACACACACGCACACAUUCAUGUGUACACGCAUAUAUGUAAACACAAACGUAUAUACACACAUAUACGUGUACACACACAUAUAUGCACACACACGCACACACACACACAAAGGUACACACGGGUACACAGAUGAGGUGCGUUGGGUGGGGUGGGGCGGGGAGACACAUGUACACACACACAUUCAUAAUACAUGUGUGCACACACAUAUGUAUGCAUAAACAUAUAUACACACAUAUACGUGUACACACACAUAUAUGCACACAUACACAAACGUACACACAGAUACACACACAUAUGUACACAAACACAAACAUAUACACACACAUGUGUACACACACGUACACAUAUUUGCACACACAUAUAGUGAUUUUUUUCUUUAAAAAUUGUUUAGGAGUACUCUCAUUUUGACUCAAGAAAACCACCGUUUUAUAGUUCAAAUUGGGGAAAAUAAAUAACAGUAAAUGGACAAAAGUACAAAGAUUCACAAAAUGCUUAGGGGUAGGCGUACCCCUGCGUCCCCCCCAGAAAAAAGCAUUGCAUAUAUACACAUACACACACCUGUACACACAUAAACAUAUAUGUGCACACACACAUACAUACACACACACACACACACACACACAACAUAUAUGCACACAUAUAUACACAGAUACACACACAUGUACACAAAUAUAUAUGUACACACAUACACACACAUGCACAAGCUUCACUUGAGCUCACCUGUGCUAGAGAUCCUAGUUUUGCUUCAGAGUCUCCCUCUUUGUUUAGUGCGUUUUACACUGAAGGAAGGACAUGUGAUGUGUUGUAGCCCAGGCGAGCCCUACGCUUAUCCUUGGUGGAAUUUAAAGUGGAAUUUAGCACAUUUACAUCCCUCAUUUUCUCCAAGGAGCUCAAGGUGGUGUACAAUAAAGGAUUAUUUCAUUUUUGUUAUUAUUUGCAUUUAUAUUUCACCUUCCCCCCUCCCCCAGGUGGCCUCCAUGGUUCUCUUGCUUCCUAAUUCCAUCUGCACAACAACCCUGUAAGGUGUAGGUUUAGUCUGAGAGGCCUUGACUGACCCCCAGGUUGCCCAGUGAGCUUCAGGGCUGAGGGGAGAUUCAAAUCCGGGUCUCCCAGGUCCUAGUCCAACACACUAACCACUAUACCCCACUGGCUGCUUAGCCCUUGAAGUUUCUUUGAUCCUUGGACAGGUGUCAAUACUCAGCCUUGAGGAAGGAGCUAAUGAAUCAUUUUGGUCUGAGACUAACAAGAGCACACCAAACAUUUAAAGCACAUCACUUCACCCAAAUAACCCUGGGAAUUGUAUUUUCCCUUACAGAGCUACAAUUCUCAACACCCUUAACAAACUACAGUUCCCUGGAUUCUUCAUUUGGCGGGGGUGAGGGUGGGUUCAUGUAUUUUAAAUACACUGAAUAAAAAAAUGAGCUGUGAGAUCCUCAAAUCAGAUUUUAUUUCAGCCACAAAUUCAUGAGCAGCCUGAUCCUUUGUGGCAAUAGGCAUUUCUAAGCCCAGCUGCAGACAGUAGACUUUUGUUGUUGUUUAGUCGUUUAGUCGUGUCCGCCUCUUUGUGACCCCCUGGACCAGAGCACACCAGGCCCUCCUGUCUUCCACGGCCUCCCGCAGUUUGGUCAGACUCAUGCUGGUAGCUUUGAGAACACUGUCCCACCAUCUCGUCCUCUGUCGUCCCCUUCUCCUUGUGCCCGCCAUCUUUCCCAACAUCAGGGUCUUUUCCAGGGAGUCUUUGCUUCUCAUGAGGUGGCCAAAGUACUGGAGUCUCAGCUUCAGGAUCUGUCCUUCCAGUGAGCGCUCAGGGCUGAUUUCCUUCAGAAUGGAGAGGUUUGAUCUUCUUGCAGUCCAUGGGACUCUCAAGAGUCUCUUCCAGCACCAUAAUCCAAAGCAUCCAUUCUUCGGCGAUCAGCCUUCUUGAUGGUCCAGCUCUCAUUUCCAUAUAUCACUACUGGGAAAACCAUAGCUUAGAUGAGCCUAAUGCUUUAAAGUGACUAGUCAGCAUAGUUAAGCAAGUCACUAGUUUCACAGCUUUACUGCCCUUCUUAGGGUUAUCUACAGUGCCUGAUAGUUUCAUAUCCAACGGAAAUUAGUGGGACAUAAUUCAGUUGCAACUAAUAUUGCAUGGAUUUCUGUUUAAUUGCUUUAUUGUGCUUUUAUUUUUUAUAUCAUAUAUAUAUAUAUAAAUGAAAAAUCCUAAAUAAAAUAAAUGCCACGUUCUGCUCUUCCCUCAAGCCCCUGUAAAUCCAGAUGACACCUGUGCAGCUAAUUUAAAGGAGAUGCUGACAGAGGCUGAUGUAGUGAUACAGUAUCAGCCAUUGCUCAGUCAAUUUCUUAUUAAAAGGAUCAUUAGUAUCUUAGCCUUGAAGACAAUUCAGUAAUUUGUGUGGAAUGUGGCAGAGUUGCUGAAGGUCACAUUUGGCACCCCAAAUGCUGCUGGACUUUAUUAUUGACAACUGUGAAAUGCACAAUGGCUUGAUACAUUAUUGAUACAUUAUUAUUAAGGUCAUUACCCAUUAAUUUCAUAAUGGUCCUGCCAACCUUUCAAGCAGCCCUUUAAUAAGCAAGACUAACAAAGUGUAUUUAUUGGCUAACACUGGAGAUGUGUAUUACUUGAAAGAAGGGCCAUUUACAGAUAGCAACACAAGGACAAUCCUGAUUACUUUCCACACUGUCAAGCGUUUGUCUUACAUCACUGAAGCCCUCUUUUUGAUUCGGAAAUCUAGCAUAAUGGCUUUAGAUUUGAAUUUUGCUGUGGCUGGUUUCAGUAUUUUGGGUGGACCUCAAAAAUAGGAGUUAAAGAAUUAGGUGUAUUUGAAGUGCAGACAAAGGAUAGUAAGAAUUGGCAAAUGUGACAGCUCUCUUUGGAAACCAUUAGCAUUUAACAGCUUACCGUAUAUAUCCUGAUGGAAAAUACAAGGUCAUAUUUGAGCAAUCAUUUUAAAAGCCUAGCUUGUCAUUGCCUUUGCAGAUAUUAAUAUAAAAUUCCAUUUGUUCUGAAGUGUAUUUUGAUCCGCCAUACAUUUCUAAGUGUGUAAGAAAUUAUAAAUUUGAAACUUUGCUUCAUAUUAUUUUCACAACCAGACAUAGUAUGUAUGUCUAAAUCAUACAGAGAAUUGUCACUGAAUUUUGAAUACUGAGAAAAUUAUUCUGCAGUAUAAUAUUGCCAUCUGGUGGUAAGAGUAGUUGUCUAUACUUCUUGAAUGUAAAAAUUGGUUUUUUUUUAAAUUUGGCAUAGGAAAAUUGGAUUCCCAGUAUCGCAAUGGUUGUUGGGGAACAAACCGAGGAUGAACUUCACACAAAGGCCCUGUCUCUUGCUGUGCAGGUGCCAAUGCGGAGGCUCUUUAGUGUGGUGACUUGGGAAGGAACAUUAGCACAGGUAUUUGGUAUUUAUAAUGGUGAGAGGUGGGGUGUGGAUGCUGGGGUUAAAACUGAAACGAGAAUGCAUCUCUACCAAUAGUGAUGUAAAAUAAUGCUCACCCCAUUGCCACGGGAUGGAAAUACGCUUUCUGGUCUCCUGGGAUAUGAUUCUCAGAAUAAGCUGGAGGAGAAGGACGUGGGCACUGACAGAGAGGCAGAAUUCAAAGACUAGAUGUAGCUGGAUUGAGAGGAAUCACCCUGGGGCUCAUUUGCAUCCCUUGAAACUGGAUUGGAGGAACGAAAUUGGAAGCUGUUUUACCCGCUUUGCUUUGUCAGAUAUCUGAGUGGAAAUCUUGGAGCAAGAAGCCUGUACUCUCUGUUGAGUCUUGACACUAUACCUUUCAAGAGCUUUAUUAGCAGUAGUUUAAGACUUUGGUCAGGAUAGUUUUAAAUGUCUAACAUGCAGCAUGUUUAUAAGCCAUGUAGAGUUCAAUAUACUUACUUUCCUUAGAGUUCAAUACAUGUACUCUCCUUAAAAGAUUAGGCUAGGGAUUUAAGGAGUAGCAAAACCAGUUCUGUUUGUGCAAAGGAUCAUUGGGCAUGCACAUGAUAAGCCAUUUUUGAAUUUCAAAAUUAGAUUGUGAUAUGGCAUAGGAGCUUGCUAGUCAAAAUUUUUAAAAACGGUAAAUUUUACCUUUCCCCAAGUCUUCAGACUCAGCAAAAGUAGUCUACAUUACGCAAAACAUCUCACUCUCAGGAUGUCUGAGUAUUAUAAUCCUAAACCUAAAGGUAAAGGACCCCUGACAGUUAAGUCCAGUCGCGAACGACUCUGGGGUUGCGGCGUUCAUCUUGCUUUACUGGCCGAGGGAGCCGAUGUUUGUCCACAGACAGUUUUUCCGGGUCAUGUGGCCAGCAUGACUAAGCCGCUUCUGGAGAAACCAGAGCAGCGCACGGAAAUGCUGUUUACCUUCCUGCCGGAGCGGUGCCUAUUUAUCUACUUGCACUGUGUGCUUUUGAACUGCUAGGUUGGCAGGAUCAGGGACCGAGCAAUGGGAGCUCACCCCGUCACAGGGAUUUGAACUGCCGACCUUCCGAUCGGCAAGCCCAGAGGCUCAGUGGUUUAGACCACAGCGCCACCCGUGUCCCUAUUACAAACCUAGUGGAGCAUAAAAUAAAUUCAGAAAAUUGAUUCUCUUGUCUUUGUUCAUUACAUUACAUAUGUUUUACAGAUCAUGGGAAGUGGAGAAGUAAGCAAACCAAAGGGCAAAGAAAAAGAAAAAGAAAAAGAAAAGGAAAAAGAACCGCCUUUGUAUACUGAGGUGAGUGAAAGCAUUUUUAAUUACCUUUGCUUGGAUUACUUUUCUAGCUCUUGUCUCUUCGGAAGAGAAUGCUUUCAUGGCUGGGGCUGUUUGCUUUGCAGCUGGUACUGAAGAAAACCUUGAAACUUUUUUUUUAUGAGACGCUAGAUGUAGAAUAGUGUACACUAUACCAUUUCUAGUCAACAUACUAAGGGUAAGCAAUGAUGUGUCAGGAUGUUAUAUGGUGAGCAGCCAAGUGCUACUUCAGAGGUCAUUUCACACGUCUGCACUUAUUUUGGAGUCCAAAACAAGACAGACAGCUUCAAGGCCACGCAACGCACAACUGGACUUGUAUAGGUUUGGACUCUAUAAAGUCAUCAUACCAAACCAUGGUUUGCAAGAUUUGAGCUUCCAGGGCAUAAACAAAUAAUUGUUUAGAAUUUCUGGAACAUUUUUUUCUUUCACUUUGUUAGGCACUCCUCUAGGUGCAGUGGACUGUAGAAGGCCACCAGGUCUCAGUCACAUGAGCAAGGUUGGCAUGCUUUUCCUGGAUCCCAUUAACCAGCCUGGUGUUCCUUCAAAGCAUCUUCAGGUUUAAGACUACAGACAAGCCACUAGUAUUAUUAAGACCUGAUGUUCCUUCCCUACACUGCUGUAGUGCAUAGUAGUAUCUGCAUCUCCUUCCUGAAUCACUGGCCCUCUGGUCCUAGCGCAGGCUAAUCCAGCAUUGUCCUAAGAAUAAUAAACAGUGUUACUUUAUAAUAAUAAAAAUAAAUGUAGUUAACAGGAACCACACUCGCACCCAGCCCUCCAGACUUCAAUUAGAGUAGAUAUAAAUAUGUUAGGAGUUGUGCUCAUGUUUCAGUUAACCAUGGAAAGAUGCACCUGUAAUUAUCACUUUAAUUACACUCUCCAUGCUCAGGAGAGUGAGACUUGGCUCUUUCCCCUUGCUUUCUUACACCCAAAGUAAUGCCCCCCAAAGGGAUGGUACCCUUUGGUGAAAACUUGCUGCAUUUAGGAUAUCAUUUAGACGGUUUCCAACUUUGCUGACUUGUUUAAGUCCUCCGAAACUAUUAAUCCUUUACACAGUUCCAGUGCAGCCUGCAGUUGAUGGUACAAAGUGAAAGUGACUCUCCCUCAUCCACCAUAUGAACCCUGGUAGCUGUAGGCUAGGAACUACAUAGCAUCUUUCUCUGCCCUUGCAUUUGUCGAGAGUGAAGCCCUUUGACUGCAUUCUCAACAUGAAGCCUGCCAGCUUCAGACAUGCAGCAAGAACAGUCGUCCAUAUCUAUGAAAGCAAAAUCGACACCAUAUGCAGUCGAGUGCAAUUUCUCCAGAGGUGUGAGGGUAUGAGAGGAUGUCAGAACUGUGGAGUAACACCUCAUUCAUUCAAAAGCUAUAAAUAGAUCCAGUAUGCUUAAAAAGAAAAUUAGAGAAAUGUUUUAUAUAAAGUCUUCCUUAGAAAUACUGUCAACCUUGGAAGAACGUUUUAAGAGUCAUUAUCAUGCAACGCCUCUCUCUUCUAAAAACUAUUGAUGAGUUUUUGUGUCAUGUUGUUGUUUUUAAGUGGUUAUGUGAAUGUAAGGAAAAAAUCCCAGAUGUUAGUAAGUUAUAUGAAAUUUGGUGGAAACAAGCUGUAAAAAACAUAGUCAUAAAACAGCUUGUCAAUGCCACACAUCUGGACAACGUAGCCGUAUGUUCUUACUGCUGUCAUCACCCAAAGAAAAUUCAAUAACCUUAUUCCACCCCAAUUAGGCUACACACCAGCAGAAUCAGUAUGAACAAGAAAGGGGGAAAUUGUACCCGGAUGGAAACUCUAGUACCCAAAAGUAAUUCUGAAACUGCCAUUGGUUAGUUUCCAUUUGUGUUUGCAGGUACAAAUAAUAGCAAGGUUCCCAUUUGUUGGUUUACUGUCCGAACAAAUUGUACUUAAAAACAGCUAUGUUAUAGCAGUGCCAUAUCAUACCUGAAAUCUGAACCUGAAGGUAUGGUGGAAUCUAUGAACACCGCUUGAAUGCCAAACCAAUAGUGCUUGUUCUACUGGAAUGGGACUGCAUCAUGGGCAUAUCGUUGUCCCAUGUCCUAAGCAUCUGUGUUUCCAUGACACCCACAUCCAUGGUGUAAUUUCGCACCAGGUCAAAUAUGGCAGGCUCACACUUCUGUUUGCUACACUCACCAAAAUUUGCCAACACAGAAUCAUGUCCUGUUUUGCCCAGGUUGCUAUUGGUGAAUUACAGCCUUUCCAGAGAUGUUGGAACAGGCUCUAUAGCUGAUUUUCCUUACCUUUGAAGACAGGCCAGACUUGCAAGCCAGACUGGUACAUCCCUAUUCCUCAUUCCCUAUCUUUAACCAGUAUGCUUAUGUCUCCUGUUCCAGGACACCACAUAUACUGAAUUUCAUACUGAAGCAGUAAUCAUUCGCUUUCUCUUUGCAGGUGUUAGAGGUGGCAAAAAUCAUUCUCAAUAAUGGAGAAGCACUUCCCGUAACUCUGAUUGGAAAGUUAAUUAAAUAUCAGAUGCUCUGCAUUAAACAGAAGGACCUGCAGAGAAGGGCUGCUGAAAAGAAGGUAUUUUAGGAUCACCUGGGAGUAAGUCCUAUUGAAUUCAAUGGACUUCGGAGCUGAAACAUAACAAAUUGUACUUUUAGUCAAAUGAGAAACAAAAUACCACUUGAAUCAUAAGCAAUUUGUUGAAAUAGCAGCCUGUAUUAUUUUUUGUUGCAUUCAGAGAUGGGUUAUAUUUUUCUAACUUUGCUUAUCUGUGGUAUUCAUUAGUACUCUGCAUUUAUUUAAACUGAGUUUAAUUUUAGUUGUUCUUGCUGUUGUUACUGUUUAGGCAGCGGUCCUAACUUUCCUGGGAGGCUGAAGGGCCUUGGGAGGUGGUAUUAAGUGAUUUUGACAGAAAAGGAGUGCCAUUGGCAAGGCAACACUUAAGAUGCCAGAAGUUGCCCAGUACAGCGGAAUGAAACUAGGUGUAUUAAGUUCAGGCAUGCAUCUGCCAGAUCUAAAGCGCGCAUGCACACGCACACACACACAUUCCUCAAGCAAGCCCAGAGAAAUGGCCCAACAUCAUGCCAACCCAGGGUACAAUCCUGCCCUGGUCACAACAAAACCCUGAAGCAAGGGGCGAGGAGGUUACUUUGCCAGUGGAUUUUCCUGCUAGCUUAAAUGCAGUUUAGCAUUGCGUGGACAGGCAGAGACCCCUGACCCCAACCCCAGGCGACUCCCUGGUGGAAUAAUGACUCAUGACAACAUGUUAUGGGAUUAAAAUUGGCCAGAAAUUUAUUAAACUUUCAGAUGUAGGGAGACCUUGGCUUAGGCCAUGGGUAGGCAAACUAAGGCCCGGGGGCCGGAUCUGGCCCAAUCGCCUUCUAAAUAUGGCCCGCAGACAGUCUGGGAAUCAGCGUGUUUUUACAUGAGUAGAAUGUGUCCUUUUAUUUAAAAUGCAUCUCUGGGUUAUUUGUGGGGCCUGCCUGGUGUUUUCACAUGAGUUUUCACCCAUGGUUUAGAAAGACCUUUGAGAAUGGAAGAGCAGCUUCCAGCCUGGGUAGGCAGUAGUGGGCUGGAUGGACUGAUGGGCUGACUUGAGUAAUAUAAUAACAUUGCUAUCUUAUAACUAUUUGCCUCUUCCAGUGCCAGAGUGCCUGCCUUCCCUGAUUAGAUAUAAGCCAUAAAGUGGAAGCAGAGAUACUUCCCUUGAGGAAGGGCAGAAUAAAAAUGUAACCGCUCUGACUAGUAGCAAACUUGAGUGUUUGGAUGACUAUUCGUUUGGAAGCAUUGCCAGUUAAAAUGGGGGGAGGGGAGGGUAUUUUAAAUGGUCUGAGAAGAAUCUGAGUUGUCAGGGUGUGUGGAACGUCAAAGUAUUCGUUGAGGGGUGAGAAGGAAACUAAAAUAUCGUAGGGAAAAGAAGGAAGUUGCCUGCUUGGGCUCCAGCAGGUUAUAGCGAGUAUCCUGGAGGGCAUUAGGGUUGAGGGAGAAGUGUGUUGUGCAGUAAACAAACUCUCCUUCCUGCACAUAGCUGUCAACUGUCCCUUAUUUGGCAGGAAAGUCUCUUAUCCCAGCACUAUGUCCCGCUGCUUAUUGAUGAUGUCCCUUAAAUUUCCCGGGUUUCAAAGGAAGCAGCUCCUCUCCCUCCCUCCCUGCCAGCCAGGGAGGAGGGAGGCUCCAACUGUGUUGCUUGGCUGCGUUGCUCACCCAAUAAGAAGUCUAAGAACAACUGGGGGGUGGAGCUUGCAUGCCUUGUGCUAAUCAAAUCGGCUGCGUUGCCUGGGGACUCGCCUUUGCUCAGCGCUUCCCAGCGGAGAGGUGACGGUGGUUUUCCUUGCUGCAUCCCCUUGCCGGGUUGCUGCGCUGUGGGAACCACCACUUGAGGCUUUGUUUGGCUGCUGGCUGGGCUUUCUGCCUUUGGCUCGGAGGGGCUCAGAAGUUGAACAUACCUGUGCUUGGAAAAUCCCAUAUUUUGGCUGCUGGUCCCUUAUUUUCGAGGCUGCUGGUCCCUUAUUUUCAAAUCUGUAAGUUGACAGCUAUGUUCCUGCACCAUGCAGGGAUGCUUCAGUAGGAAGGAGCAAGGGGGUGGAAAGGGACUCAUUUUUCCUUUUCAGGACACUUACUAGAUUUGGAGCCAGCUGCCUCAGAUAGGAAUACAAAUGAUUGUAUUACGCCAAUGUAAUAUUUCCCCCUGUUGUUUUUCAUAAGAUGUGCAUGUAGUUUAUCUAAUUUGGUAGACAACCGAGGACAAGGACAAGGAGAAAGACGAGAAGGGGAAAGGGAAAGGGAAAGGCGGCAAAAAGGAGAAACCUCCCAGUGCCAAAGGCAAAGGGAAGAAGAAGGGACCCGAGUCACCGAGUGCGUCAGCAGCUACCGUUAAGAAAGACACCAAACUUAAACGACGUGGAGAAGAAGAUGAUCUUGACAAAUACAUCGGUGUGUAAAAUACAAAUAUGCUUCAUGUCAAAAGAACUACAGAUUCAGGACUUCAGACUGAUUCACACUAAGAGGAAGCUGUGGCUAAUCCUGGCAUUCUGAGGAGCCCAAGCAUAUGAGACAUGAUAUUAGAAUGUAAUAAAUUAAAUUACAGGAAGCCAGCAAACAUAGAAUAUAUGAAGACAGUAAAUGACGAUUAAGCAAAUCCUUUUGAUCUUUGCUUUUAGAUUUCACAUAUUUUUAGAAAUUUGUCCUGCUAGUUUCAAGAGGAACUUAGCAUUCAGCAAAGCAUGUUUAGGCUCACAGCUUGCAAAAUUUGCCUGUAAAUACUAGAGAAGGUCUUUCAUUUCUCUUUGUGGCUGCCUUGUGCACACAGGCAAAGGGGAGAGCCUUCUUCUCAUUCAGAAACAAUUAUUGUACUUAGUAAUAGAAGAUAAUGUGUAUCCAGAAGCAUUUCAGGUGCUGAAUAAACAGGCAUAGGAAGAGCAGGGUAUUCCUUGGAUAAUUGUUCCCAUUUCCUGCUCCCUUGAAAGGAGAUGGGAUGCUCCCCCACCGCCAUGUUGCCUUCCAUUGCUUGCUCGGUGAAUCUCAAUAUGGUAUAACCCUUUAAAUGUCACCUGUCAGUUAUAGCUUUGGCAAUGCUUGCUGGGAAACACCUCAGAAAUAAAAUAAGGGAUCCCUUUACUGCCUCUUUCAUCCAUUCCAUGGCAGCACAUUCCAGCAUUGGCAGGAAAUUUUUUCCUUGGAAAUGCCUUUCUGAAGACAACAAAGGGAAUGAUACUACUUGGGCAGGACAUACAUUUAUCCACUCUCUCCAAACACUAAAUGUUAGUUAAAUAGUUGCACACUAAUAACCUUAUUUCAAAAGGGUUUCUCCCUGCCUCCCUUCCCCCUCCUGAGUUACACCCAUUCCCCUUAUAAAUUGCAUAUGAUACAAUCCACACUCUAAGUCUUCAAAGGUUACAUGCAUUUGAAAAGCAGGAUUUGUAAUAGAUGUAUUUAUGGAAAAUAGCUUAUAUGCAAGCCAUCUACCAUAUAUAUGUAAACUGCCAAUUUGGAUGCUUUCUCAAUAUUAUGCUUUAAUAAAACCAAUGAGCUUUGUAUGAUGUUUUGAACAGAUGAUGAACCAGAUGACGGUGCUCAGUAUUAUUUCAUAAUUAGUGGUUUUCCCUACCCUCAACUUCUGCCUGUGCUAUCCGAUCUUGGGAUCAAUGUUGCAAGCGUCAUUAAGAUUUCUUCUGACAAUUAUGAGCCACUCCAGACCUACCUGGAAGGAGUUGCUCUGCAGGAAGAACCAUUUCUUGAAGCAGAAGGUGAGCUGAUGAUUAGCAGUUGUAUGUGAUAUGAAACUGAAGAUCCACCAUUCUUAUUCUUGUUUUAGAUGGGCAUUUUUGUUGUCGCAUGCUUUGAGCACUUUAAUUAGCUGUUAGAAGAAAAAACCCCAAACCCAAGAUAUACUAUUGAUAUUUCAAUAGACUUUAAAAUCUGUAUCUUAUUCCUGAGCUAAGUCCAUUUCUGGAUGAAUCAGAAGAGUAAUAAGGAUUGGUGAUCAUGGCACAGGGCACAGUCCUUGCAGAAAAACAUUGGGGAGUCAAACUGAUACUUCUUCCUCCCACCCCAAACUCACUUAUAGCUAGCAAGUGCAUACUAGCUUAAUAAUAAUAAUAAUAAUAAUAAUUUUGUGUACCCCGUCUUUUUGCCUGGGUUGCCUCAGACAUUCUGAGAAGCUUCCAACAAAUAUACAAAGACACAAUAGAACAUCACACAUUUGCUAAGAGUUUUGUGAGCCUGCCCAGGAAAGCUUUAAACUAAAUCCUAUGGGGGAGGGAAACAAUAUUACAGAUGACAGGAAUACCUAGUACUGGGAAUAAUAGCUUCAUUUACGGAAACAGCUGGAGGGAAUGACUUGUGGUUUCAGUUUCUGUACUAAAGCCCAGGGUAUGGGAAACAAGCAAGAUAAAUUUGAGCUCUUAAUAUGAAGCUCAUGACAGGAAUGUAGAAAUCGAGGAGUAAAUCCUAUUCAAAAGAAUAGACCAAACAGGAAAGGAGGAAGAAGUACAUUACAUUAGGGAAAAUUGCUUUACAAAAUGUGUACAUUAGUGUCACGGAAUGAGCUGGCCAUUUCCAACGGCUCCCAGUUGGCGUUAACUCUUUAUUAGCACAGACCUGACUGGGUGUCAGGCCUAAUGAGCACAGCAGCUUAUUCCCUGUAAGUCUUACUCCAUGAAAUCAGUUGCCAAGACUAAAACUCCCUGUCUCCCCACAACCAUCUAUGUCUCCUCCUCUCCAGGGCUCCCCCCCCCCCAGCAAUCGGAGACUUUGCUCCUCCUGUUUCAUGCUUCUUCUGUUUCUGGGAGUUGGGGAGAAGGGAGCUUGUCACAGCAGGAGGGGGAGAUACCCAUGAAACUUCACCAGCUUGGUUCAUCUCUGCUUCUUGACCUCCUUCCUCCCACUUGCCUGGUUCAACUUCUUCCUCUGCCUCUGGACUUGUCUUUGCCACAGACUCCCAGCUCACUAAGCCCUGUUACCUCUUCAGCUUUCAACACCUCUUCCUCAUCUCCCUCUGACCACUCAUUGUUGUCCCACCACCGCUCCCUGGGCUCUGAGCUUUUCCCCCUUUGGGUUCCCCAGCUGGUUCCUCCUGCCAUUCCUCUGCUUCCAAGCAGUCCAUCACAAUUAGGAGAAAUUCUCACUAAAAUUCUGAUCAGUUUUCAAGAGGACUUAACAAAAAAAAGCUGUCAUGGAAAGGUAGAGAACUGAACUUAGAAAUAUGACAAAGCCGAAAGAAACCAAAGUUGACAGAUUCAUCCAUUCCUAUGUAUCAUGUUAUCUGACCAAAGCUUAGAUUAUUAAAUAGGCUUUGCAAAAGAGUGAGCUGACCGUGGCUUAAUCCUUUUUGCCCAAAGUAUGUUUAAGAUUUGCUAUGGGCAUACUUGCCUGCUAAAAUAAUUCCAUGCUCAUGCAACCCUAGUUGUCGAAGCUGAAAAGAAGAAGAAGCAGAAAGCUGCCAAGGACCUGAAAACCUUCUGGAAAUAUUUGGAACCAAUUCUGAAUAGUGGGAAACCAGGAUCAAAUCUUUUUCAGAUAGCUCGACUCCAUCACCUAGUCAAUGAGUCUUCCUUUCCUGCUGACUGGAGUAACACUGACAUGUUGGUUAGUAGCAGUGCUAUUUUUCUAGAAAUAUGGUCCCAGAACUCACCCUCAUUUUCUUAGAAUGGCAAUGGUGCCUACCUGAGAGGUGCCAGAACUGAGUUCCUGUGAGUUCGCCCUGAACUAAAGGCCCUGGCUAGGCGUAUUGGGUUAUAUUUGAUGUCGCACUAAGGUUAACAUUCCAUUAGUGCAUGGAUUUCUCCUUGCGCCAUUGAUCAUUUCCCCGCUCUCUUUGCCCAUGCACCCCCUAAAUAGGAUCUAAGGCCUUCUCCAACACUUUGGAUCAGAUUUGGGGAUGGUACGGGCCAUAUGGGAGGAAUUCUCUUGUGCCCGUUGUCUUACAAGAAGCAGUUGUGUUGGGUAAGUGGGCAAUAGUGCAUGGUGUGACAUUUGUUUCUCAUUCUGGAGUGGGAAUAGCUGUUAGUCUGAACCCUUAGGUUUAGCAUAGUCCCUCACCAAGGUAUUGUUACAGAUCAGUAUACCCUUAAGGUUCAGUUUGAGGCUUUCCAGAGCAGAGAUGGGGAACCUGCAGCCCAUAGUGAAUCUUGGCCUUCCAGAGAGUCCACUUUGGCCCACGAAGCCAUUUUUCCCAAAAGUGCCAACCCACACACCCAUCAAAUGAUAUAUCUGGUGCUGUCAGCUGAUUGGCGGGAGGACAGGGUUUAAUGCAUCAUUCAUUGGUUCAAGCAGCCCAGCACUCGUGCUGGAACCUCUGAAAAGCAGAGGUUCAAUCAAGAGCGGUCUGAAAGGGAGAGUGCUCCUCUGAGCGGGUGGCAACGAAUAGAAAGACGUCUGCAUUGUACAGACUCCUUUCGCUUUCAGCCCUGCUUCCUGCUCAGAUGUUUAAAGACUCCUGUCUCCUCCUCCUACCCAUCCCAAGCAGGCAGCAGAGGGUGGGGAAGAGGAGAAAGAAGCUCACUCAUUCAGUUGCUUAAAGGGCUUUACAAGUUUUCCCACACUCCACUUAUAAGCCUCCAAGACGGAAUGUUUAAAGAGGAAGCAUGGCGAGAUUUGCAAAACUAUACAAGGGAUUUUGAGAGAUAGUUGGGACAACCCAGCUGUCAGUUUGUAUGGUGUCAUCAUGACAGGUGGGUGACUACAGCCACUUGUCAAAUUUGGCCCGUCUGUGGCACUUGACACCAAAAUGGUUUCCCGUACCUGUCCUAGGGACUAGUGUAGUAAUCAAAAUACAGUAGGGGGGGGGAGACAGAAAUUUGGCUAAACUUUGUUUAUUUGUGAUGGUCUAUAUCCCCUUGGGUGAUGCAGCAUUGUAACAGGAGAUGUGUCCAGUUGGGUGGCAGUUGGUUGACUAAGAGAAAUAGUUUUUCUGAGGUCUGCUACUCCUGGCUUGCAUUCCAGUCUCCAAUGUGCCUUGUCAACCGUCAGUGCAGUUAGGCAUGCCACGUGGUUGGUUAAUUCCAACAUUUUCCUUAGGGGUGUGUGAUUGCAUCACAGGGAAGUAACUGCCGCAUUGUUCAUCUCUGAUCAUUGGGCAGGGUUAAACAGAAGCUUCGUUUGCAAAACAAUAUGUCUUGUAUACCACAUUCUCUUAAAUGGAUGAUGGAAAGAAAAAGCAUUUACUGUAGUUGUCAUUUGGCUUGGAAUUCUGGUCUUUGGUGGUAUGGAUUUACUGCCAUGUGCUGGUGAGUGGAAGAACAAAGAGGAGCUCUCCCAUAAUUGAAAUCUGGGCAUUUUUUGAGGUGGGAUAAUAUUAAUAUUAAAAUGCAUUCAAACUGAAUCAUGCUUGUUGUGUUAUUCAAUAAGAUGUAUAAUUCAUUGCUUAGAAGUUGGCUGAGUUCCCAUGUGUUCUGAAUAUUAUAAAGCCAGUCUUUAUAUUUCCUCCUUUUCUUUUAUGUAGCUUGAAUUUGGAACGGAUCUCUUUGAAGUUGUGGCAUGUUUGAUGUAUGACUGCCUGGACUGGAAAAGACAGCAUCAGCACUACUUGAAAUCCACCAAGUUUAUUAAUGUCCCCGUAGUAGAAAAGAAGAGCAAGGCUGAGGUCAGAGACCACGUCCAUGCUUGGUAGCAGAUAUAUUUCCAUGUAAAAUUGUGCAUAGGAGUACAUUUCUGCAUAAAUAUGCAUCAUCUUGUAAAUGGUUAAACUGGUUAUGUGAAUUGUAUCGGAAAGCAGGGGGUUCAUCUAAGUCAUGGAAAGGACAGCCUAAUUUCUACAUUAAUUCAGAAAUUCUCCUCCAGGUGAUCCCAAGAUUCCUUCAGCACUCUAUGUGACUCAAACCUGCAGUAGUUCCUUGCAUCACAUUACUCACAAAGAGUGUCCAGCAGCAAAAUUGACAGCCUGUUUAAGUACUUCAUUCAAGCACUGCAAUAACUGGGUUGAAGAUUUGAAUAUAAGAUGGCUGUAUUGUCAUAAAUGUUUUUGUUUCACAAGGUACCACCCGCUGCUCCACCUACACCUUCAAGGAGAAAGCAGGCAGCGGAAGAGCCCGCUGCACCAGUUUUAACAACAGGUAUGUGUGAAGUGUCUUCAAGUUAUUCCUAAACUUUGUCAUUGAAAAGAGUGAUUCCUUUUCAACAUGCUGGAGAAAUAGGGCAAAAUAUGUGUAAACCUUCUGCAGGUAGCAGUGGGGUGAUGAGUUUUGAUUCAGGCUGCCAUCCAGAACCUGAAAAUUCCAACUUCUGUAAUGAGAUGCCUUCUGAAGCGAUUCUUAACCAUUUUCACUGCAUCAAGGCAUACUGAAUGUCAAAAACUUGCUGUUUAUUUCAGGGUAGAUUUUAUAUUCUCAAGUAUGGAUGAUCAGCCGUUGUAUAUCCCUUCUUUCCAUCAACUACAGGUCCAUUUCUUAUACCCAUCUUGCACCUAACCUCCUGGAUCUUCCUGCUCCCAUACAUUGCAACUACCUUUUGCUUUCCCCAUCAAUUCUGAAGCUACCACUCCUUCCCUUUUUUGCAACUCCUCCUUGCACAUAGACUCCCAUUUAACCGGUUAGAUCUCCCUACCCAGUGCAAUUACUAACCUUCCUUUUAACCUCCCCAUUUCUAAAGCCACCACUAUUUUCCAACCCCAUUUGCACCUCCCCUUUUCGCCUUCACCCUCCUUUUUCAAACCACCUCCCUUCCAAGUUUCCCCUUGCACAUGGAACAUCCACAUGUUGAUUUUGUAGCUCUUCGUUGCCCCCUUCUCAUCUCUGCUCUCCAGCCCCAAGCAGUCUCCUCCUUCCUCACCUGCAUAUGUGCUGUUGCUGAUGCCAUAAGCAGUUAUGCCAAUCUGUGCUAUAGCUUGGGGGGAAUUCCUGAAUUUUCCUCCUGCUGAAGAAGAAGAGUUUGGAUUUCACAACCUUUAAGGAGUCUCAAAGCGGCUAACAUUCUCCUUUCCCUUCCUCCCCCACAACAAGCACUCUGUGAGGUGAGUGGGGCUGAGAGACUUCAGAGAAGUGUGACUAGCCCAAGGUCACCCAGCAGCUGCAUGUGGAGGAGCGGAGACGCGAACCCGGUUCCCCAGAUUACGAGACUACCGCUCUUAACCACUACACCACAAGCAAUGGACUCUGGAGCUGCCAGCCUCCUCUGGGGACUUUUCCAGGCCACAGCCACCGUGAGGACAUGGCAGCGACUACUAAGGAUGAAGCAACACUGUCGCUGAUGCUUCCUCCUUCUGCCACAGCCCAGGAAGCCCAUGCCCAAAUACAAGAGUUUGAGGUGUUCUGGUAGGCUGUGAAAACCCAAGCCCAGCCGGCCCAUCUUUGAGCAGAGAUGAGGACGGAGGGUCAUUGGGGUCAAACUAGGCCAGGGACUUGCCUGCAUACUGCUCAGAGCUGGGUCUGCUGGUCUCAAGCUUCUUUGGUUCUCGGGAAAACCCCACACUAGAUUGUCAAUUCACUGUAGUUCAUAUGACACUUUGCGAUGCUAGCACCAUCUGCUGGUGACCACACAAAUUUCAGUGUGAUGACAGACAGGUACAAAUAUUAUAUACGAAGGAAGGACAACAUUACUUUUUGAUUACAGAUGUAGACAUGAGGUAUUAUAAUGACCUCCUGAACCCAGUCCCUGAUGAGAUUGUUUCUGUUGCCUUGAUACUGGAUUGCAUGUUGCAACAGGUAAGCACAGUCUUCAGUACAGUCAUACCUCGGGUUGAAUAUGCUUCGAGUUGAGCACGUUCGAGUUGCACUCCACGGCAACCCAGAAGUAACGGAACGCGUUACUUCCGGGUUUCGCCGCUUGCGCAUGCGCAGAUGCUAAAAAUGACAUCAUGCGCAGAAGCGGCGGAAAGCGACACGCGCGGGCGCAGACAUGCUGUCGCUAGUUACAUUUACCUCUAGAUGCGAACGGGACUCCGGAACGGAUCCCGUUCGCAUGUAGAGGUAUCACUGUAUAUUCAAGAAUAGUUGUCAUUUUUUAAAAAAGGUUUUGUGUGCAGCUAAAAGUCCUUCACACAUUAUGCAUGGGAAAGUGACCUUAUGGGGAGAGAACUGCUUUACUAGUAACAGGACUGGAUCUUUCUCAGUUAUAACCGUCCCAGUUCUCAGUGAACAGUUUUCAUAGUUGUUGAAGACAUCUGAAGGCAGCCCUGUUUAGUGAAGCUUUUAAUGUUUGAAGUUUUAUUCUGUUUUUAAUGUUCUGUUGAAAGCCACCCAGAGUGACUGAGGAAACCCAGCCAGAUGGGUGGGGUAGAAGUAAUAAAUUGUUGUUGUUAUUGUUGUUAUUAUUAUUUAUAGUGACUCCAUCCUAAGCUGGGUGGGUCCCAAUAUUCCUUGUUCCUGCUAAUGGACAGAUUUGGGAUUCUGCUGGUAUUCUGAGUAUCCUGAUGCUCAUGCUAUCCAUGACAGCCAUGAAGUUAUUCUAUUUAUGUUUUCUUUUGCUAGGUUGUUGCAUCAGAACAGAAUCUUACACCACCAAGCUUGGUGGUUCCAGAGCCUCGUGAAGAUGGGCUGGAUCAUACCAUUGCAAGUCACAUGGUUUCGAUCCUGCCUUCUCUUGCCCUUCCUGAGAGUGAGAAAAAGGUUUGUAUUGCCAAGUAUUACUAUUUUGUUGUUUAGAAAUAUAGAUAUUUUAAAUUUGUGUUUUUUACUUUCAUUAACAGAAUCUUUACAACUCCUUUUAUCCUGAAAAUAAAGAAAAGACCACGGAUCAGAAAUGGCCUCUUAUACUGAACUACCAUGAUACCCUGUCCCAGAGAUUGUACUUCCUAAAGGUAGAAUGUGGUACAGUUUAGUCUUUCUUUUCUUUUCUUUUCUUUUCUUUUCUUUUCUUUUCUUUUCUUUUCUUUUCUCUUUCUUUCUUUCUUUCUUUCUUUCUUUCUUACAUCAGUAGCAUUAAAUGCGUAAAUAAUGACACUUUGAACAAUGAGGGGGAAAUAAGCAAGUAGGAACAUUUUCCUAUAAAUUUGCUAGGACCCAAAGGACUUCAGAGGCUGGAACUAACUUCACACUCAUUGCAUAAUAAUAAUAAUAAUAAUAGGUAAAAAGAAGUAAAGGACCCCUGGACGGUUAAGUCCAGUCAAAGGCAACUAUGGGGUUGCGGCACUCAUCUCGCUUCAGGCUGAGGGAGCUGACGUUUGUCCGCAGACAGUUUUCCGGGCCAUAUGGCCAGCAUGACUAAACCGCUUCUGGCACUAUGGAACACCGUGACAGAAACCAGAGCUCACGGAAUGCCAUUUACCUUCCCUUCACAGCAGUACCUAUUUAUCGUUUUGCACUGGCGUGCUUUAGAACUGCUAGGUUGGCAGGAGCUGGGACAGAGCAACAGGAGUGUUGUGCGGAUUUGAACCACUGACCUUCCAAUUGCCAAACCCAAAAGGCUCAGUGGUUUAGACCACAGCACCACCAAUAAUAUAUUUAUACCCUGCCCAUCUGACUGGGUUCCCCCAGCCACUCUGGGUGGCUUCCACACAGUAGGACAUCAAAUAUUAAAAACUUCCCUAUACAGGGAUGUCUUCAGAUGUCUUCUAAAAGUCAGAUAGUUUAUUUCCUUGACAUCUGAUGGGAGGCUGUUUCACAGGGUGGGUGCAACUACUGAGAAGACCCUUUGACUGGUUUUCUGUAAUUUAACUUAUCAUAGUGAGGGGACUGCCAGAAAGCCCUCAGAGUUGGAUCUCGGUAUCCAAGCUGAAUCUAAGUGCCAGUUUUCAGUUAAAUUUUCAAGUUCAAUAAUAUUUUUAUGUAGGAUAUAUAGGGCAUUAACAUCGGUUAAUAUUUGUUUCUUUUUUCUCUUCAGUUGCAGGGUGGUUUAGACCCAGCCAAGGUUGAAGAUGAAAUGAUGUGCAAACUGCCCUUGAUGGAUCUUCUUAAAUUCCCUCUUCCGCCACCUGGAACCAAUACCAGACGCCUUGCCAGAAUCCAUGAGCUCAUGCACUAUUGCACUAGCGGUAACAUGCUUCCUUUACUGUAAACAGUUUCCCCCAAAGUCCCAAAAGGUGGUUAUAAGGUAUUUUUAUAGGACCAGGUAAAGGUUUGAGUCCCUUCACACAUUGUUUAAUGUAUUAUAGGCCUCCCUUGGCCUGAAGAGGCUGGUACAAGUGUGAACUGUAAAUGGUAAUAAGAGAGGUUUCCUGGUAAAUAGGGUACAGUUGUCUUUAAUUCUGCUCCGGUUGCCAGGCACUAAGGGACUGUGCUUCACCUGUUGCAGUGCAAGUCAUUGUUCGUCUUGUUCCUGAAUCCUUUCCCCAAUUCAUAAGUCUGGGCUGUAAGCCGUACAUUGUAUUUUUAAAAAUAGGUAGUAUAGUACAGUACUGAGGCGUUCACAAAGUAAAGGAAGGAUUGAACUCUGAUUAAUAAGAAUACACACAGAGGCUUGAACCAGCAAGACUCUGGGAAGGGUGCGUAUUAUAAUUUCUCUCUCUCUCUCUACCCCUCGGCCCAGGUUGUUUUAUUCACAAAAGAACUUUUUACAGAGUGUUCGUAAGAACCAAUCAGAUUUCUUCUGAGCAGUUCAACAAACCCCACGUAGGGGAAAGUUAAACUACCAAAAUUAAUUAAGCACACAUAUUUCUGGGGUAAACAAAGAACAGAACUACAAAGGAGUACAUUUGGCAACCCCUGAGGUGAUAAACAAGCAAUAUACAUGAUAAGAAGGAUGGCCAGGAGGACAGCGAUCAUUAUCACCUUCAUGUGAGAUCUGUUUCCUAAGAUUAACAUCCUAGGAUUAACAUAUCAGAAAAGCUACAUCAAAGAAACUUGCCCACUAUCUCUAUGGCCCAGGAUGCAUGCCUGGCAAAGCAACUGGGCUGUGAACGUGACUUGUCAAGCAAGAGAAAUGGACAGUAGAGAAAAUGGCCAGAGAUGCAGAGGGUUGUGGGAUUUGGUCAGAAAUUAUUGCCAAUAUAUCAAACCCAGCCAACACAACGCAUUCAUCGUGGACACAAUGGCUUGAUGCAUAUUUUAUAAUUCCUCAUCGUAAUCCCACCUGACCCCACAAUCUGGAUAUUUGCACUCCUACACAGUACAAGCGACUCCCCACUUAUGCAGGGGUUACGUUCCAGUGCCCCACGUGCAUAAGUGGAAAUCACAUAAGUGGGGAGCACCCUUUAAAUGCCCGCUCUGCCACUCUCUCUGCAACCCAGAUCAAAAAUACUGUACUAAGAAAGAUCCACAACUGGAAUUGAAGCUCUGGGGCUGCCUGGACAAUGUGUGGAAAAGUAGCUGUAGAGCUGGGCGAUAUUGCGAUUAAUUGUCUGAAACUGGUAUGGCCUUCAAACCGCGAUACCAGUUUCAGACUUUUUGAGCUGGCAGUACAUUGCGGCUCCCCAGCCGCUGCCGGCACCUCAUUUCCGCCUGCCUGCCUGAGCUGUGCUGGCGGCAGCCAGGAAGCCACGAUGUAUCGCCAGUUCAAAUUGCCUUGAUCAGCUGAGAGGUGAGCAGGAGUGAUAGGGUUGGGCAAUUCCAGACAUCGUGAUAUAUCAGUACGUCACGAUAUUCAGCUACUGAUCUAUCACAGUGUUGAAAACCAGGUAUCGCCCAGCUCGUAUGCUGCUGCUGUGCUACUCCACGUUUCAGGUGUUAGGCAGGGAGGCUGAGCAGCCUCAACAAAGCCCUGCUGCGCCUCCAGUCCCUUCCCUGCCCUUACUGAAGUCCUCCUCGAGCUCCGGGAUGGGUCUCCUCACGAGCCACGAGGACUCUCCAGCUGUCAGGCUUUGGGGGACCAGAUCCCUCCCUUGGUGGCAGUAAAUAAGCAGAUCAAACAAAAGGAGCAUUCUUACCAGUAAUAAUCACAGCGAGAGAGAAAGGAAUGCAUAUCUCUCUAGAAAUGGCGUUGCUCCCAGUUAAGGUGCACCCCCUCCGUCCCUAUUAAUCUAUGUCACUCCUACAUCUGGUAAUCUGAGCUUGUUGCCGCUACACUUUCUGUUCUAGCACUCUCAAAGCCCAUCUAGUCUUAGGCGAAGAGGGGUUAGGGAUUCUUUGCAAGGACACUGAAUCUGCCAGCUGUCCCUCUCCUGGCAUUUCCUCUUCUAGCUGUUUCUCACCCAGUAUUUCCCAGCUUUCCCCCUCUGGUCUAUGCCCCUCUGCAAACCACUGUUCUAAAUCAAUACUGUCCUCCUGCCCUUGGGAAGGUUCAGAAAGGGAGGGGGAGCUCCCACAAUUCCUCCUCAAUCCAGCCCCUGACACCAGCUUUCUCCCUCCAUUUCCUGGUAUGAAUUAAAUUACUAUUUCCUGGCACCGCACAUAUACACGGUUGCGCACAAGCCGAUCAUGCGCAAGUGGGAGGGAUUCCUGUAUAUCAAUGAAAAGUGACCAGUGCCUGUAGGAAAAAUAUCUCAUCAUGGGACACACUUUGCUGACAUCGCUGAGUUUACUUUCUGUGCCUUGAUCUUCCUACAGAACACAUGAACUGGGCUGAAAUAGAGCGAGCUUUUAAAGUGUUUACAUUUGAAAGUCUGAGGCUGACAAAGGUUGAUGACUCUGGACAGCUAGAAGGCUGUGGCAGAAUGCUUGGUGGUGGUGGUGAGAUUUCUUACAUCCCAUGGGAUAAUCCUGCUGAGUUUGCCAGACAACUGAGACAAGAAUUGAUGGACCUAAAAAUAUCACAGGAAUAUCUGAACAAAUCAGGUACGGAGGUUAUCAUAAUUUUUAUUUAUUUAUUUAAUGAAAUUUAUAUAUCACUUGAUUGUUUAAAAAAACACACCUCAAAGCUGUUUAUGAAAGAUAAAACAGUAAAAUCAAGAAAAAUUCACAACCAUGUAUUAAAAUGGUGCGUGUUAUUGCUAGACCUCUUACUGAAAGAUGUAACCUUGGGUUACAUACGCUUCACGUUACAGACUCUGCUAACCCAGAAAUAGUGCUUCAGGUUAAGAACUUUGCUUCAGGAUGAGAACAGAAAUCGUGCUCCGGUGGCGCAGCAGCAGCAGGAGGCCCCAUUAGCUAAAGUGGUGCUUCAGGUUAAGAACAGUUUCAGGUUAAGUACGGACCUCCGGAACGAAUUAAGUACUUAACCCGAGGUACCACUGCAUAUACAUUUGCUGCUGAAACAAAGGGCAGUAAAGGCACAAGUUCAAAAAGAGAUUUUAGAGCAUGCUUUGUAAGUCAUCUUGGCCAAGAGAUACAUUUUCCAGCAUGGCCAUUGUUUGCCUUGGUCCACACCCACACCCAAAGCAAAAUUGCUGAAGCCCCUGUUCUCAGACUUCUGCUCUGCAAUGGUGACGUGUGGCAUCUCCAAGAUGGCUCUGCAUACACAUUUUGCACAGAUCACAGAGAAAGUGGUUAUUUUGAAAAACCCAAAAGAAGAGCUAGAGAUAGGAGAAAGCUAAGUGUUGUUAGCCAAAGGAUGAAAGAGAUGGAAGUAUCCUAGCUAAGCAGGGAUGAUGAGAGCUCAGAGGCAGAGUAGGAAGAGGAUUUAAAGGCAGGGCAGUUAGAAUAAGGAAGAAAAAGUUUGACUGCUAGGGCCUGAUCUAUAGUAGGAUGGGAGAAUGGGACGCAGGUGGCGCUGUGGUCUAAACCACUGAGCCUCUUGGGCUUGCCGAUCAGAAGGUCAGUGGUUUGAAUCCCUGUGAUGGGGUGAGCUCCCGUUGCUCAGUCCCUGCUCCUGCCAACCUAACAGUUCGAAAGCACGUCAAGGUACAAGUAGAUAAAUAGGUACCGCUCUGGCAGGAAGGUAAACGGCGUUUCCGUGUGCUGCUCUGGUUGGCCAGAAGCGGCUUAGUCCUGCUGGCCAAAUGACCCAGAAGCUGUACGCCGGCUCCCUCGGCCAAUAAAGCGAGAUGAGCACCGCAAUCCCAGAGUCGGCCACGACUGGAACUAAUGGUCAGGGGUCCCUUUACCUUUAGGAUGGGAGAAUGCUGAGGUCAUAAAACAGAUUACAGUACUAAAGAAUGCAGGUAUGCUACUUAAGAACACACAGAAAGAAAACACCAUGGUGCACCUCUACUAGUGAAACCAGAUGCCUUCAUCUGCCCCACCUGCAAGGAAACAUGUCUCUCCCAUAUUGGUCUCUAUAGGCACAGCAGGCACUGUAACUCUCCAGUGGUUUGACUUUACUCCCAAAGGUGUACUCCUCCAUUGUCUCCCAAAAUAGACAGAUGCCAACAACAGCUGUUAAAAGAAUUUAUACUGAGCUUGGUAAUGUUGUAUAUGUUUGGAGAUGGCUACAAUCCUAAAAACAAGUACUAAGGAAUAAGCACUGUUGAAGGUUCUUCCAAGUAAACAUACCUAGAGAAUUGUGCUGAUGCUGUCAGAAACCCGAGUCUUAUAGUACUGUAUAGGUCACAGUAUUCUCUUUUGCUCUUAGCAUUUUUAGUCUAUUUACGAUAUUCCUUCAGAGCCGAAAAGAUUCAAAGUUAUUUGACAUGCCUUCACUCUCCUUCGCAGUGAAGUCAUGGUCCAUAUUUUUCAGAGGUCAGUCCCUCUCCACAGUCCACUUGCCCUCAGGCCAUGUUGCAGAUGAGCAGCUACACUAUUCACAGACCACGUGACACUGCCAGAGUCCACAGGAGGCCAGUCUGCUUUUCCCACAUUGUUUCUGUGCUGCCACUUUGAAUGUUGAAACUUAAACUGGAGAUUAGGGAACUCCCAUUCUGACUUCGGAAUUUCUCUGAUUUGCACCUCCUGUUCAUAGGGCUUUUCACUGACAGUGCUUUUCGUAGUCGACAAUUUUUCUCUUUUUCAUUUGACAACGGUAUUAAGAGACCAUCAGGACUUUACAAUUCAGGUAUGCUUUAUUUGGAAAGAGCCUCUUUCCCUUUCCCUCUGCCUUCACUUUGGUAUUAAAACAAAGCGCUCGUUUUUCUCAUUGGUGAUCAGUCUGCCAAAAUACACCCGUAUUAGCAAACUAUCUACAGAGAAUACCAACAGCUAAGCAAAGCUUAUCCCUGAAAGUCAGUUAGGUUCCUUAAAGAAUCACAAGGCAAUCCAGCGGGCUGGCAGUGUUGGGAAACGGCCCCCUCGGGAAAGGCUGACUCCUCUUCCCAGGCACUGGGGCCUGUUGCCGGUGAUCUGCCCCUGGCUGGUCUUCGGUCAGUCCAGGGAGAUCUGAAAUAAGCGACACCUCCCUCUUGAGAGAUGCACACUCCCUUCCCCCUUGCAUGUCAGCAGGAGAAAGAAAACAGUCUGGAAGUAGUCUGACUCAUUCUGCUUUAUUCCCGGACUGUACACUGUACAAAACAUGUCUGCUCUCUCAGAAACCUCCGUACAACUCACUGACUCCCCCUUUACAGCAACAACAGGAAGGUCUCAGGUUACACUGAGAACACAACCCUGAGAAGAGCGUUGAACAUCCUGUCUCACGCUCAGAAACAUCAGAUGAAUCACACGAUGUAAACAAUGAGCUGCUAGUUCGCAGCUGCUGAGCACUCAUAUCCCAACAGGCAGAACCAGCAGCUAGUUUAUGCUAGACUGUUGCAUAGUUGGGCUCCUAUGCACUCCCAUCAGUAGAGUGUAGCUGCCAGUCCACAAACUUAGCUAUGCAAAAAAGCUGCAAUAAGAAUGCAAGCCGUGUAGUGCAGCAGAGCUCAUAAACAGGUGGUCCCGGGUCCAGUCUUCCUGCCGGAAAAAGCCAGGUGCAAUCCUUGCACACAGCACAGCUUAGGUGUCAGAGCUAAACAGGGGGAAUGCUACAUGAGCCAAUUGGCUGCGGCAUCACACAGGCUCAGCCAAUCACAUCGGCCAGAGGUGCACCCUCGCUUCUCAUUCAUUGUUAAAGAGUAUGUGUGUAUGUGAAACACAAAGACACAAAGAUUGUCCAUUUCAGAUUAAGGAGAAAAAGAAUUAAGGCUACAAUUCUAUAUACUGGGAGUAAAGUCCAUUGAUUUCUUUUGAAUGGGAUUGCACCAUAAAGAAGCAAAUUCUCGCUCCUGGUUCAUGCACUUGCUGACCCAAGGAUUUUUGUGGAAAAUCCUUAUAAUAAACAGACAUUAUUAUUUGGAGAGAGGAAUGUUGUGAGAAAGAGGCAAGCCGGUGCUCUAAAAAACGUAGAGACCGUUUAUCAGGGUAGAGCAGGACGGAGUUUGUGCCACCAGCAUUUAAGUAACAGGAACAGCCAAACAACCAGAUGAAAAGAUAAAAUAUGUCUGUGGGUGUGUUAGUGUAUGCAUCUCUUAUCCAUCCAUCCAUCCAUCCAUCUAUUUAGCUUUAUUUUUCAGAUCGGGUUGCUGAAUGUAAGAGUGAUCUCAACGCUUCUCUUGAAAAUAAGGUAAGAAAUACUGUGGUUGAAAUGUGCUUUACAGUAUGAUAUGGAAGUGGAGUCGGUACAUGUGAAUUAUGGCAGCUGAGAAUUUUCGGUGUGUUUUUAACUUCAAAUGUAUAUAUAAUAGAUGGAUGCUCUUUGGUGAUUCAAAACCUUUCCUCUUAAAGAUUAUAUGUACGCUAAUAAAAGUAGAAUAGGAUCUUCUAAUGCAACGUUGUUGUACUCUAAAAUCAUAACCAGUUAAAAAUUCUUACCCAUUUUCAUUCUGUGCUGCCUGCGAUUCUGUCUCCUUUCAGUAUGGGCAGUUCUCUAGACUUAAAGGUAAAGGUAAAGGACCCCUGACCCCUUAACUAAGUCCAGUCGCAAACAACUCUGGGGUUGCGGUCAGCUAGUAUUUGUUGAAGCUGUUUCCAUUGCUUUAUAUAAUUUGAAAGUUCAAGAUUGCUCUUGAAGAAAAAACCUGUGUUCCAAAAUAGACUGAGCUGUAAUAAAUCCUAUUAGUACUCAUUUUGGGGAACUAAUUAAUUCUUUUAGUUCUUCCUGGUCUCACAUCUAGGUGUCCGUCCCCUGUCCCUCCCACUUUUUUACUUGUUUUGAGUUUUUUAUUGAAAGGAGAGGCAGGUGACACAUUCCAUUCCAGCUUCCAUUCUUAGUGGCGGCUUUCUCCUUUAUCUGAACAGAUCCAUGCCAAACUUACUUGGAUAGAUUAUUUGAGAGCGAAUCUAUGUGAUAGUUUGUGUCAGGAUGGGUGUUGAUGCUUAUCUGGAAGUAUCUGUCCAAGUCUUCCCAUUUACUAAAUUAAAAAUUGGUUUUGUGACUCUCAAGCCAAAAGAAAGAAAGAAAGAAAGAAAGAAAGAAAGAAAGAAAGGUUAGAAUCAUAGAACUGUAGAGUUGAAAAGGACCCCUGAGAAUUAUAUACUCCAACUCCUAGCAAUGCAGGAAUCUCAACUGGAUCAUGCAUGACAGAUGGCCAUCCAACCACUGCUUAAACCCCUGCUCUGUGGCCUUCGUUAUAUGUGAUUGUUUUAUACCUCUUGGUGUUUCUUCAGAUACGUUCAAAUACAGAUACAGAUACAGAAUUAGUUGCCAUACAGGAGACCCAGCAGCGGUGUUUGAAAGACUGGAGUUUUGCAGAACAUUUUCAACCACACCUUCUCUUCCAGGUAUUUUUAGUUGCUUUUUCUUCAUGAUGGGGGUGGGGGGACAGAAAAGGAUAGUGAGCAUUUCAUUUCUAUACCCCUGCUUCAGAUGUAAAGCUGAUGAGUGAUGUUUCUUAACCAUUUGCAUUUAGCCACCCUUUCAAAUCUUAAUUGCACGCUUUUCACCAAAGCAGGGGAAACUGUCUUUGUAUUCUGUUUUAUCUUGGAUACCAUCAUAGGUAUUGCUUGUUGGAAAGAGUAGAGGUGUCAUUUACUGCGCCCACCUUGACUUCUAUGAGUGUCCUUUCCCUUGAUACAGAAAAUAGGUCACAUAGGACUUAGUAAAAGAGAUGUUCCUUCUCUUAUUUACAUAUGAAGAACUUGCUGGGCACCUUUUUAUGGGCAGAGGGGGAGUUACUCUUCCAUCAUAGCUCUUCUGCAAUAAAAUGUAUUUGCAUACACAUGAUACAAUCAACCUGUCACAGAGCCUGUAUAUUAACUAAGAUAGAGCUGGUGUCAUCAGUGUGUUAAUGACACUGGUCCCUAAAUCUCCUAAUGUCCGCUCCAAUGCCUUUAUAGAGAUAUUAGACAACAUUGGAAAUAAGAAUAGUGCCCUGUGGCACAACUGCUAGUGGGUAGACAUGUAAUCUCCCAACAGUAUUUUCUGAACUGAACCCUGUAGGUAGGAAUGGAACCUUCAGGUUGCCCUGGGCAAGAUAAAACAACUAACAAAUUCAUUAAAUGAAAUCAAUAAUAGCCACAGCAACACCGUGCCACCAAGCCAUGGAAACUGUGCAAGAGGAUAAACUGCUCAAUGGUAUUGAAAGCUGCUGCAAGCAAAAGCAACUAGAUUGCACUUUCCUUGUCCCUUUCCUGAUGGUGGUCACCAUCUGGGCAAUCAAUGUCUAGUAUUAGUUACAAAAAAGUUACGUUAAGUAUGCUAUAAAUAUGUUUUUUAUGUUAAAACUGUUCCCCUGAAUGCCCCUUUCCCCAUUGCUAGUCACUUACAAAAGUUGAGUUAUGUUUUCCUUUCGUUCUCAGGUUCUUCACAAUGCAAUCCAGCAUUACAAGUGCAUUGAUUCUUAUUAUCACACUCAAGAUAACUCCUUGCUGAUAGUCCUUCAUAAUCCUAUGAACCAACGUUGCCAGUUUGAAGAGUCCUGGAAUGUUGCGUUGCAUUCUGACGUUGGAUUCAGGUGAGAGGUUCUUCAGGCAAUGCCUCCAAAUAGCCCAGAAGCCAUAGGCGUGGAAUACAGCAUGAAAAGGAGAUGAUGGUGAUUCAUGAUGAGAAUGGCAAGUGCAAGCAAGUGUAAACAGGUGCACAUUGCGGCAAAAAACUCCCACCCCAAAACACUUCGUUUUGAAUAUAUGGAAUAGGUGGUGAGGGACCUGGAAUGAAGCAUAGUGCAGAGUUUGAUGAAUAUGUUGACCCACUGGGUGGCAGCUGUGAAAAAGGCAAAUUCUACAUUAAGGAACAUGAGGAAAGGGAUUGAAAAUAAAGUUGCCAAUGCCAUAAAGCCAUUAUAUGGUGUGACUACUCUUGGAUCACAGUAUUGUUCUGCUUAAAAGCUAAAGGGACCCCUGACCAUUAGGUCCAGUCGUGACUGACUCUGGGGUUGCGACGCUUAUCUCGCUUUAUUGGCCAAGGGAGCCGGCGUACAGCUUUCCGGGUCAUGUGGCCAGCAUGACUAAGCUGCUUCUGGCGAACCAGAGCAGUGCAUGGAAACGCCAUUUACCUUCCCGCCGGACCGGUACCUAUUUAUCUACUUGCACUUUGACGUGCUUUCGAACUGCUAGGUUGGCAAGAGCUGGGACUGAGCAACGGGAGCUCACCCCGUCGCGGGGAUUCAAACCGCCGACCUUCUGAUCGGCAAGUCCUAGGCUCUGUGGUUUAACCCACAGCGCCACCCGUGUCCCUUCACACCUCAGAAACAGGAUAUUGCAGAGUUGGAAAACAUUCAGUAUGGGGCAACCCAAAUGAUCAAGGAACAGAAGCAACUCCCUGAUGUGGGAAGGUUGCAGCAUUUGGGGCUUUGUGCUCUUAAGAGUGAGAAUUAAUGUCCUUAACCGAAAGCAAUGGUGGACAAGUGAGGAAGGAGGAGGAUAGCUCAGUCUGCCCUGUGCAGAUGCAUGGCUGACCAGCUGCCAUUGCCUAUGCUAGCAUCUCAUGUUUACAUACAGCACACAUCUAGCUAGUAAGCAGUUGCACACUUGCACAGUGCUGAUUGAAACUCCAAAAAGUCAAGCAUGCAAGUUCUCUUUCUGUCACCCCAUAGCAGCCAGCAGUUUCCAGAGGUGAACCAUUUCGUCAGCUGCUGUGCAGAUCCGAUUUGCUUUUGUUUGUUUUUUUAAUAAUCCACAGAGUUAAUAAUGCAGAAAUAUUUUUAAAUAUAAAAUGCAAUAUAAACUAUUUAAGGGUUUUAAUUCUUUCAUAUGAGAAGACAAAGAUUCUUGAUCACUGUGUUUUAUAAUCGAUAAUAGUAGAAAUUCUUUUUUCCAGGAAUUACCUGGAAUUGGUGGCUGCUUCCAUAGAUGAAUGGAUAGUAAGAGAAGAAGUAAAAUAUCAGGAAGAAAAAAUGGCAAAAGAACUGGAAGCUCUUAGGUUAGCUAAAGAGUUAGCAGAAAAAGCACCUGUCGAAGUCAAGUCCCCACCUACUGGCAAAAAGGGUGCUGCACAGAAGAAGUCCAAAAGUAAGUUUACUACAUAUGCCUACUCAGAGGUAAGUUCAGUGGGCCAGGUAAGCAUGUGUAACAAGAAUGCAGUCUUAGCCAUGUUCUUAUUCAGAAAACAACUUGCAAUCUCUAGGCAUGAAUGGAAGCAUGCAGCAAAUUAUAUAAGCCAGCUCCAUUUACCUGUGUUAGGGAAUUGCCCACCCAAAGGCCUUGUUUUGGGUGCCAUAGAAGGCUUUGUUCAAGCCUACCUGCAGCAAGGGAGGAUCAUUUUCAAAAAGGGCCACAGCUGGGGGGACUGGAAAGGAUAACCCCUCUUGCUGCAAUUAGGCUUGGAAAUAAACCUUUGUUUGCUUGCAAUAGAAGGGUUUUCUCCAAGCCUAAUUGUUUGGAGACAGUGGUUGACCUGGAUAUUGUAGCUGGUGGGGGAGGGUUAACCACUCCAUCUCUGCAAGAAACUCACCCAUCCCCUCCAAAUUUGUUUCCAAAGUGGCUAAAGUCCUUUUUUCAAACCUCAUAGCUAGUGAGAUUGGAGUAUGAGAGAGGGGUUGCUGUGUGAUUUGUGAAUGUGUAAUUGCAGUAUGCAGUGGAUGGUGAUACGAAGUGUCUUUUGCCCAUAGUAUGUGACCGAUAUGUUUCUUGUUGUUAUUUCUGCAUCUUAGGGGUCUCCCUUUAUUGACUCCUACCAGGGCUUGCACACGAGCUCAUUAUUAAGAUUGAAGACAUUUUUCUUUUACAGCUCAAGGAAAUUUGGCCCGUGAUCUCCAUACUUUAAUGUAGCUUACAAAUAAAUGUUGCCAAGUUAAAAUUAACGUGCCUUUAAAUGAUUUUUUUCAGAGUAUAAGGGAGCAUAUGAGAUGAUGGAAAGAGAUAGAGUAAUAGCCAGAUUGCUUGUGCCAAAUAUGGGAAUUUGAGCUCUACUUUUUAAGCUUUGGUGUUGCAUUCGUUCUAUUGCUCUUUUAACAAAUCUUUCUUGGUAGCUGGUGGUUGCUGUUGCAACAUACAUUUGAAAAUGCUUUAUCUUUAUCUCAAUUCUCAAAGCUCCUACCAAAAGUAAAGUCGACGUUUCUCCAGAACCUGCAGUUGAGAAAGAAAAAAACAUUUUUGUCAGAGAUGACUCUCUCAAGGUAACAAAAAAACAAAAAAGGGAAGGGAAAAGCCUAAUCCAAAAAUAAUUUCAUUUGUUCCAAGUGUUUUUAUGCACCUAAGGGUGUUUUGUUUUUGUUCCUGUUUUUAUUAUGCAUGUUGUGUUUUUAUCUUGUAUAUUUUUGCUGUGAACCGCCCUGAGAUCUUCGGAUGAAGGGCGGUAUACAAAUUAAAUAAAUGCUUAAAUAAAUAAAACAUACUUAUGACAGCAACAGAAGCUGCAGAGUGAUAAUAGUAAUGAUUUUUUUUUUUUUUUGUAUAAGCUGUACACACACACUUUCAGUUUGUAUUGAAAAGUUUUGGAAACAGAUAAUUACAGGGCUUUAAAUAAUAUAUUAAAAGCACUUAAAAUAUUGACAUUUUUAAAAAGGAGGGAAGGAGGGUUAAACUAAAAGUAAUCCAAUAGUGACUCAAAAAAAGGUUGAAACGGAAAGUUUUCCAUGCGCUGCAAAGUCAAGACCAUCAUGUUAAUUUAGGUGCUGAAGUCUUUAAUUGUUUGGACAGGCUUGGAAGGAAGAGCAGGAGCGGCUGUUAGAGGAAGAGCGGUUGAAAGAAUUAAAGAAAGCCGAGAAGAAGGAGAAACCUGGCAAGAAAAAAGGCCAGAGUAAGGAGCAAGCAGCCUCUGAUGAAGGAAAGGCAUCCAAAAAGAAAACGAACAAAGAAAAAAAAUCGCCGUCCAGAUCACCAGAGUCGGCUAAAUCACCAGACACUGAAGAUCAGGCAAAGCUGGCCGGGCAAACUAAACAAAUUACCCCUCCUCAGCCACCCGUGAAAGAAUAUGAGGUGUGUAACUCCUAUUAGGAAGAUAUUGCCUUUUUUCAUAUGGUGCCUGUAUAUCUUGUCUCUCCAUGGCAGCCUAUCAAAAACUGCUUCUUUUUUUAAGUGUGCAAAUACAGUCAUACCUCGGGUUAAAGUAGCUUCGGGUUAAAUCUUUUCAGGUUCCGUCCUGCGGCAACCCAGAAGUAAUGGAAUGGGUUACUUCUGGGUUUCGCAGCUUGCGCAUGCGCAGAUGCUCAAAAUGACGUCAAGCGCAUGGGCAUAAGCGGCGAAUCGCGACCUGCGCACACGCAGACACAGGUUGCGUUCUACUCAGGAUGCGAACAGGGCUCUGGAACGGAUCCCGUUCACAUCCAGAGGUACCACUGUAUAUGAAAUCUCUUAAUAAACCCCACAAGGUGUGUUUUUUUUAAUAUAAAAAUAUGGCCAUAUGCAAGAGUCAACAAAUACCACUGUAUGGAAGCUCUCUGGUUAUGUGUAGCUACAGAGGAAGGGAGGAGCUUGUUGUUCUGCACCACUUUUUCUUAGAGGGGAGCCAUAUAGAUGAUAGCUAUAUAAAGGGCAGAAUUCACACACUUCCUGGGUUUUCAGAAUAUUUAUAUUUUAUUGAAAUAAUUUCGAUUAUAAAGAAAUAAAUUGAUGCAGGAAAGAACCACACACUUCAUGAGUCACAAAAUUGCGGUGGAGUCAUCUUGCUGAUAGAGUAUUCCAGUUUUCCUUGGCUGAAAACUUCUGUCUAAUUAUAGCUUUUCCUGCAACUGUUCUGUCCUAGUUUCUUGGAUACAAUAUGGCUGAGAAUCCCAUUCAAGUUGCAGGGACUACCCGAUAUCUGUUCCCUACUGAUGGAGGACAAAUCCAGGCAGAAAGGAUAACGUUUGAAAAAGGUGAUUCUUUCGCACUUGGCAUUUCUAUGGGUUUCUAAGCAUGCAUUUAGAAUCAGUAUUGAUAGUCGUUUCACUGUUGAAGUAGUAAUAGUGUAGCGUUGUGGUUAACAGACUAAGCUAUGAAUCAGGAGCUCCUGAUUUGAAUUUUGCCUCUGCCAAGAAUUCACUGAGUCGCCAUUGGUGAGCCAUCUUCCCUCAGGCACCACCCAGCGGCGGAGCAAGCCGGUCGGGCACCUGGGGUGGCGCAAGUGCCCUGCGCACUGGGGCGGGGCCAGCCGGGGCCGGAUGCUCCACAGGGCCUCUGAGGAGUCUGUCUGCCUUCUCCCACUCAGCUGCCCUAUAGCUGAGGGCAAGGCGGUGGGCAGACUGUUUGGAGCAGUGCGGAGCCUGCGGGCGCCCAAGCCACCACGUCACUCCCAGGAGAGACGUAUGUCUCCCCCCCCCCCAUUUUUUUUUAUUCAUUUUAUAACACAAAUAAAAAACAGAAAAGACAAACAAUACAAACAAAUUCUUGUCAUAACCUUAUUUACUAAACAUUGUUAAGUGGGCUUCCCCAAGUCCCACCUAUCUGAUUUUCAUUUUACUUCAUCUUUAGCAGUUUACAUAUAUCAUAAUUUCUAACCAUCUUCCCCCCCCCCCCACACUUACUUUAACCAUAAAAAACUUCACAUUUUAUCACUUAUAAAAUACACUAUCUUCUACUUCUAACCCUACCGCCUAUAUCCACUUCCAAAGCUAUUCUAAGAUUUAAAUAUUAACAUAUUUUUUUCAAAUAUUCCUUAAACUUCUUCUAAUCUUCUUCCGCCAUCUCUUCUCCCUGGUCUCGGAGUCUCCUGGUCAGUUUGGCAAGUUCCAUAUAGUCCAUCAUCUUCAUCUGCCAUUCUUCGGUAGUUGGUAAAUCUUGUUUCUUCCAAUUCUUCGCUAGCAAUAUUCUCGCAGCUGUUGUGGCAUAGGAGAGACAUAUGUCUUGGGCUCACUUGGGCACCCAGCAUUUUAUCAUCCCCCACAGUGGUGACACCCACGGUGGCCUGCCCCCACCGCACCCCCCUUCCUCCGCCCCUGCCACCCCCCCCCAGCAUUUGUUAGAGUGUUAGAGAUGGGAGACCAGGGUUCAAAUCUCACUCAGCCAUGCAACUCACUGGGUGAGCGUCAGCCAGCUGCUGUCUCCUAGUCUGACUUUACCUUACAGGCUUGUUGUGAGGAUAACAUGGGGAGAAGGAAAACAAUGCAUGCCUCCUGGAGCUUGUUGGAAGAAAGGAGGAAUAUAAACACAAUAAUACUGUGGUAAUAAAACUUAGAGGAUAAUGUAUGAGAUAUGCUUUGGCAUUCACUGAUAAUGAGGAGCACCAUAUUCUAAAAUAAAACUCUGGACUAAGUUGAUUAGAAUCCUGGUUCUAAGGAUAUAUUUCUAUGCCUCAAGGAAAACAUUUGAUUGAAAGUUAUGUUUUAAAUGCUACUUACAUUUUACUUUUGUAAAAUUGGAGAAUGAAUAUUUUGCAGUCACAUUUUAACAUUUUAAAUGUAAUUAGAGAAGUUAAUGUGGAAACAGCUCUAUCUAACCUUGGGAACCAGUGCAAACCAGUUCAGCAAAUACUCUAGCAAUCUGUUUUAUUUAAUUUUGGCCUCAUUCAUUCUCUGGUACCAGAAACGCAAGUCUUUGGUGACCAUUUUAAUUCUGUUUACUGUUUUUCUUUCCUUUUCUCCUAGGGGCAACUUUGGUCAAAGUGAAGGUAAUAAAGGACAACCACUGUUUCUUCAUUCAUAUCGUAGACCCUCGGAAAUGUGAACAAGAGAAAGAAACUAAUGAAGAAAGAGGUGACUCCCCAGGUGAACAAGAGCCAGAGCCAGGUCAGUGUGUUAGCAUCAGUUGUAUAUAAAUAAAAUGAUGUGAAAAGUAUGAUGAGUGUUAUAUCAUUGAAGUUUCCCUAGAAAAUUAGAAAGACCAAAGUUCUAAGAAAUAACCAACGUUUGCUCCUCCCAGGGAGUUGGCCAAGGAUUAAUGUGACCGUAGAGUCAAAAAGGCUUAGCUACCCCUUAAGAGAGAAAGCAACUCAAUUUAAUAUUAAAAACUGGUGUUGUCUUCUUUCACUUCUUCUUUAGACAAACCAUUGAAUCAAUCGAAAGCUGUGAGCAAGUUUGGAUCAUUUUCUGCAACCUUAGAAAAUGAAAUCCAUCUCUCCUUUAGCUGCUAUGGAGCAUCAGGAAAAGCAGAAGGUAAAACAAGCAAAAUGAAGAAAAUUAUGAAAUUGUUUUCUAAGAUCUUUGUCAUAUCUGUUUAAUUCUCGUGCUGCUGCCCUCUGGACCUCUUAUGGAAGAGGCACACGAAGAAGGGCCUCAGCUGUUGAUCACAGGGUCUGGAUCAUUUCUUAUGGGGAGCAGUGGUCCUUGAGGUAUUUAAGGCUUUAUGGGUCAAAACCUUGUGUCUCUGGCACUUUGAACCUCGCCAGAAUUGAAUCCUCAGCUGUGGCCUGUCUUAGAGCUUGGCCUAAGGCCUAACCCAUAAACUCAGAUUUUAACCAGUGACGCAGAACAAGAGCACAUCAUCUCCAUGUGGCCUUAGGUACCCAGUUGUACUUCAACUUUCUUCUUUUGUCUUUAAACAAACAUUUUGAAAAAUCAUAUUUUCCCCAAGUUUGCCUAAAUACACAAGAAAUUUACAUGUCUGUGAUAUUCUUCUAUUUCAUAGAAACCAUUUUGUUCCCCUGCAGAAGAAAGUGAUCCCAAUUUAGCGGCCAUUUUGACUAUCCCUUCCGUAAAUGUGCCCACGUCUGCUCUGGUUACUUCGCCUGUUUCUACUCCGGCUACUACAACUACAACUACAGGAAAGACUAAGCCUUCUAAAGAAAAAUCAGGCAAAAACUUACCAUCUGCCAAAAUGAGCUCCCGUCUCACAGUGACUGGCUCUCCAGAUGACUCUUCAAAGCAAGAUGAGAAAAAGGUGUUGCUGUAUUUCCUACUAAGUAUGGUUCCUGAGCCCUGAGGGAAUGUAUAUCAUUGUCCUAGUACACUGAGAGGUAAAGGACCCCGGAUGGUUAAGUCCAUUCAAAGGCGACUAUGGGGUUCUGGCGCUCAUCUCGUUUUCAGGCCGAGGGAGCCGGUGUUUGUCCACAGACAGCUUUCCGGGUCAUGUGGCCAGCAUGACUAAACCGCUACUGGCACACGGAGGAUGCGGGUGGUGCUGUGGUGUAGACCACUGAGCCUCUUGGGCUUGCCGUUUGGAAGAUUGGCGGUUCAAAUCCCCACAACAGAGUGAGCUCCCGUUGCUCUGUCCCAGCUCCUGCCAGCCUAGCAGUUUGAAAGCACGCCAGUGCAAAUAGAUAAAUAGGUACUAUUGUAGCAGGAAGCUAAACGGUGUUUCUGUGUGCUCUGGUUUCCGUCACGGUGUCCCAUUGCGCCAGAAGUGGUUUAGUCAUUCUGGCUACAUGACCCAGAAAACUGUCUGUGGACAAACACUGGCUCCCUCGGCCUGAAAGCAAGUUGAGUGCUGCAACCCCAUAGUCGCCUUUGACUGGGCUUAACCGUCCAGGGGUCCUUUACCUUUUAAAAAUAGUUUUAGAAAUGCUAUUUUCUGUGUCUCUUUUAUUCUCUAGGUAGAUAUAGACGAGUUGAUCCAAACGCCACCUAUUCCAGAUAUCCGUGUUUUCAAUAGUUUGAAUGUGUCCUGUCCCAAUGGAUUGGUACUAACCUUUCUUGGCCAAAAAUUCACAGGUUAGUGCUGAUCAUUGUUACGCGAGCACAACAUGCUAUUGCAAAAGUAUUCAUUUUGAAGGCAUUCUGAAUCCAGGUGGAGAUGGGUGGGAACUGAGGGCUGAUGUCUGCUGCCAUAUAAUGCCACGAUGGAGCUGGUUGGAAGGGAAGUGUUGCAGAUACUUGCUGUGUUUUGCUCUCCAACAUCUGCUGCAACUGCAUAAGAGGUGAGGGUGGAGGUGGGGGUAGAAGCAGAUGUGGUAACAAUAAUGACAUGAGGUUGGUGGGACUGCUGAAUGGUAUGACAUAUAGGUCUGAAGGGAGAGCUCUGUUUUCAGCCUGAACAAUCUUUUAGGGCUGUAUGCCAGUGGUGUGUGGGGCCAGGGGGAGGUGUGUGGAGCAAUGGGUGUGACCCUUACCUUUGUACGAUAGGUAGGAAUGGAAAGAUCUGUCAAGUUUUGUUCCCCCAGUUUCUCAUUUUCCCAUUUUUAAAUUAAAUUAUCCACAUUUCGUAGCCAUUGGCAGGUUGUUGUUUUUAUUCCAUCACCGUUUUAGUGCAAAUUUCUCCUAAUAAACACGUUUUAAAUGCAGUUUUGACUAACGUACUGAUACUUUUAGUGCCAAAAUAAAUAUGACUGCAGCAGUUGUGUGUAUUUAAACACAAAAUGCCCUGAUCAUGUAGACAGAGGUGACAAGUGUCUGAUUUUUGAAAGAGGUGCGUAGAUAAGGAGUGCAGAACUCUCUUCCACCAGUGAGUAGACUUCUUAUGGCUGGGGUUGAGAGGAUGUGAUCUGCAACCACAGGGAGGGUUUUUGCACUGUCCCCCAUAUGUCCAUUUUUGCUGUUAAUCUUAGAUUCCCCUCACUUUUCUACAUGGUUUUUGUGGUUCCAUGUUUAAAUAAGUAGAACUUCUGUCAUCCAUAUAGAAUGGCUCUCAACAUAAAUUGGGCGUAACAUCUGGACAAUAUCUAUCUUGAAGUCAUUCAUUUGCCACCCUGAUAUUUUGGCAUAUAUUAGUUAGCUCCAUAGUUUGCAGUUGCUAAUAAUUAUUACCUGCUAAGGGGCAUCAUGUUUUGAUCCGUGAAAGGUGAAGAAAUGGGAAACAAGGCCAAGAGUGAAGAUGAAGGAAGCAAAGUAGACGAAGCUAAAUUGGACGAGGGCAAAACGGAUGAAAUGAAGACACCGGAAGCCAAAGAAGAGCAAGUGAAGGCCCAUGAAACCAUAGCAAGCAAGACCAAAGGAAAUGAAGACAAGGCAGACGAAGUCAAGCCCCUUGAUGAAUCUGUGGCAGAUGAUGCCUUAAAGGAUGAGGCCAACGAAGGCAAGGCUGAGGCUGAAACAGAGGAGGACCCUGCGAACAAAGCCAGGGAAUCUAUUUUUGAGAUAUUUACUAGGCAGAGUUAUCCCCAAAGGGUGAAGCACUCACAGCUGCAAAAAGCAGUGAAGAACCCAAUAGAUCAGGAAGUGUCUAGAGUUACUACGAGACAAGGAACUGUCAUAAAGUACAUGUUGGAUGGAUCCACUCAGGUAUGCUAACAAAAUUCAUUUGGCAUUGACUAAGAUUCAGUUUUAUUAUUUCCUGAAGUGAUGGUUACCGCAGCACAAAAUCCCCCUUCUUCAUUUCCCAUCGGCUGUACAUAUUUCAAUUCCUGCUUAGACUUUUAUUUAACUAUAACAUAUUCCCAAAAUGCCAAGUAGAGUUACUCUUCACUUUGUCAGCCCACAAAAAGCAUUAGUUAUAAAUCAGUAUUCCACAAAUGCAACUUAUACCUCCUGCAGUUUUACGUGCCCAAAAGUCUGGCUGGUGAUGGUAAAUAAGAAAACCUCCUCAGCUGCAACAUUCUGAGUUCUCUCUUUGCUCAUGUGGGUACAAGUGAGUCAGGGCGCUUAGCAAAUGUUCCUAGCCUUUAGGUCAUUUCUUAAUUCAAAAUAUAGCCCCUGUUAAGAGUUACUUUCAGCCAGGGGUCUGUUGCUAUUGUAUUUCUCUAUAUCAGUGUUUCCCCACCCCCCAAAAAAUCUUCCUGAGCUAGUUCCUCAUUUAUGCCACCCAUAUUUGAGCAUUUUAGGCUGUAAUCCUAUUACCUGUGAGUGUCCCAUUGGGGAUGCGGGUGGCGCUGUGGCUUAAACCAUAGAGUCUAGGACUUGCCGAUCAGAAGGUCAGUGGUUUGAAUCCCCGCGACGGGAUGAGCUCCCGUUGCUCGGUCCCUGCUCCUGCCAACCUAGCAGUUCAAAAGCACGUCAAAGUGCAAGUAGAUAAACAGGUACCGCUCCGGUGGGAAGGUAAACGGCGUUUCCGUGCGCUGCUCUGGUUCGCCAGAAGCAGCUGAGUCAUGCUGGCCACAUGACUCGGAAGCUGUACACCGGCUCCCUUGGCCAAUAAAGCGAGAUGAGCGCCGCAACCCCAGAGUCAGUCACGACUGGACCUAACGGGCAGGGGUCCCUUUACCUUUACCUUUACCUUUAAGUCCCACCUUUAAGUCCCACUGAGUUCAUUGAGGCUUACUUCGGAUUGCCCUGAUAGUUCUAUUUGCUGAGUGUAAAUGUCAUUGACUCUAAGGAUUUUAAGACUGUUUUUUUUCUUCCCUAGAUACUGUUUGCUGAUGGCACAGUGAUCAGAAGCCCUGAUUCUGGUCCUGUUUUACCACCUCCACCUCCUGCAAGUACACCACAUACAGAGGCCACACCUCCUCCUGAUACAAGCACCAAGAAAUCUAGUAGGUGGUCAGGGGGCUGAGUAAUCUGAAACUUUUAUUGCCUGAUUCAUGUUUUAUGUCCCCACAUACUUUACCAUUUGGUCUGAUAUCAAGAUGGCAAUCACAAUUCAAAAUAGUAUAAAUCUCGCCCUUCUUUUUUUAAGCAUGUCUAUGAGACGCCAGCUCCCUUGGCCAGUAAAGCAAGAUGAGCGCCGCAACCCCAGAGUUGGUCACGACUGGACCAAAUGGUCAGGGGUCCCUUUACCUUUAUGAGACAAAUGUUGCACUCGAAGGGACGCGGGUGGCGCUGUGGGUUAAACCAACAGAGCCUAGGACUUGCCGAUCAGAAGGUCGGCGGUUCGAAUCCCCGCAAUGACGGGGUGAGCUCCCGUUGCUCAGUUCCUGCUCCUGCCAACCUAGCAGUUCGAAAACACGUAAAAGUGCAAGUAGAUAAAUAGGUGCCCCUCCGGCGGGAAGGUAAACGGCGUUUCCGUGCGCUGCUCUGGUUCGCCAGAAGCGGCUUAGUCAUGCUGGCCACAUGACCUGGAAGCUGUAUGCCGGCUCCCUCGGCCCAUAGAGCGAGAUGAGCUCCACAACCCCAGAGUCGGUCAUGACUGGACCUAAUGGUCAGGGGUACCUUUACCUUCAUGAGACAAAUGUUGCACUCACUCUGUAGGCCUUUAGGUAAAUAGAGACUCUUUGCUGUAUAAGAGUGUGUGAAUGAAUUAAUUGCUGCUCGCAUUUAUCCAAGGACAUUCAUAUAUCAUGAGUGUAAAGUAUAGCUCUAUAUUCUCUGUCUUACUUUUCUGUACAAUAAACCACUCUUUCAUUUAGGUAUUGGGGAUACGGAGUGGUAAAUUAAAGUAUAAACAUGUACCCAAAACCAGGAAGAUCAAGUAUUUUUUAAAAGAUUGGAGUAAAUUUUUAAUUUAUUUAAAAGACCACUGUAAACAGUUAAAAUCACUGGCAGGGAUGUAAUGACACUUGUAAUAUGGAAUUAACUAUGGUAACUAUGGACAUACAACAGAUGGACAAUGGUAAAAGAUGCAGUAAAUUUAAUCUUAAAUAUGGAACCCAUGGAGGGAGGGAAGGAGGUCUGAGGGUUCAAAAGAACCUUUUAUUUUAAUGUUUGAAAUGGUUAAAGUUAAAAUAUAUAAAAUUGUGAAAAACCAAUAGAAAAUGGAAGUAUCAGCAUGCGUUUAGACAAUGCAUGCUUUUUUCUUCUAAGGAAACUAUUUCUGUUCCUCUUAGGAGGGUGGUUUGGAUUUUAAUGUAGAGUGGGCAUAUAUUUAAUCUAGACAUACACUUGUAACAACAGAUCAUAUUGAAAGGCACAGGCUGAGCUUUAAUCUUUCGCAAGUGGAAGGACAGGGAAAGCCCAUGCCUUAAGACCCCUUGCAAGCCUAUCUCUUGCAAGUCAGUAGGGUCUCUUGAAACCUCGUUAAAAAUGUUGAGUCAGCAGCUGACUGAGAAAGAUCGUCGUGAGCAUGUUCCUUAGGAGCAGCCUCAGCAUUCAUCUCUCUGUUCUUGGGACUAGCUGUGGUAUAGAGAAGACCAGUUCUGUUCUCAGACAAGGUCAGCCCAAGAGCAGCAAGGAAGAAAUAAUAAUAAUAAUAAUCAUCUUUAUUGCGGUCCAACGACCCAUAAAAUGGAUUCAGAAUAAAAUACAGAUUCGUACAGAAAACCCCCCAGGGAAGCUUAUUUGUUUAGUCAUGGGUAUGCUGAUAUUUGAUUUGUAUAACUACUGAAAGAAACUUUGCCAUGGCCACUGUGAUAUUAUUGGACUUGUUGUCCAGAAGAUAUUUGGUAUAGUAGGCUUCAGAUUGACCCGGCCAAUUUGCCAAUAGUGGUUUAAUCAAUAGUUCCCUAUCUUGAUCAUAUUGUCCACAAUGCAAUAAAAUAUGCCUCGUACCUUCGACAUCCUGAGAGCAUGCACACAUCCUAUUUUGAUAAGGGAUGCCUCUCAGUCUGCCAUCCAGCACUUCUGAGGGGAAUACAUUUAAUCUGGCUUCGGUGAAAAGACACCAAUAUGUUGGUACAGACAAAUUUCGAAGCUAUGCAGGUAUCUGAAAAUUGAACCCACAGUGAAUUCCUACUGCUAAUGGGAAGAAAUAAGUCUUCCAAACUUCAGGGUUCCUGCCUGUCAUUCUGUGUAGGAUUUUUUUCCGUCAGGGGAUAUAAUGGGUAUGGGGUUGCUCGUGCGUAAGUUGCCGCCUCUCCUGGCUAUGUUGCCUUGUUAAACCUUUCUGUCUGGACAGCCCUUCAAUUCGUGGCUGCCUCAGUCGCUAGCAGAAUCUGUCAGUGGGCGUUUCUUAAACCUCUUCCAACAUAAAAGUUGUUUGACGCCUAGUCUCCUCCUACUUUCUCUGCGCGGAAGUCUUCUGCGCAGGGAGGGCGUGGGUAGCGGAGGACCUGUGCUCUCCCCGCUGGUGUCCAGUGAAGAGUCCUGGAGCCCUCUCGCCGAUUCCCCCAUCUGCCCCCCUUUAUCCCUGGUGUAACGUUGAUUUGCUUCCCCCUCUGCUGAACUGCCUCUCUCCCUGCUUGGCCCUUCUCCAGCAUCAUUUGAGAGCCUUCCCUCCGCCUCAGGCUCCGAUGUCAGUUCCCUGACAGGGGAGAAAUAAAUUUUGACCCCACAGAAGGUUGUGGUGGUAGCAGCAGCGAUGAUGAUGAUGAUAUAGUGCUGUUAGUGUAUUUAAGUGAUCCUAAUUUUUCUUCUUCUCUAGGAAAAGGUACCAAGGGUGCUCCGGCACUAAAAGUUGAAGCAGCUGAAGUCGCUGCUCAGGAUCACCUGUUGGAUAUGGAACAAUCCCCAGAUGCCCUGGCAGGCACCUGGAUCACCACUACCCCAUUAGGCAUUCAAAUAGGCACCAAGGGCUCAGAGAGGCUGGACCUGAAGCCACUGCUGGCCUACCAGGCCACCGACCCAGUUACUGGAACGGUAAUACUGUGUUUGUAAUCUCCCAUGGCAUUCUCCUACCUCCAAGUGGCACAGUGAUCACAUGCUACUUUUGUUUCUCUGUAGUUCUUUCAUAGUAAAGCAUGCAAAGAUACUACGUUCUUUUAAUAAAAGGGUGUGAGGAGCAAGCAUGCACCUCCCAAAUAUGUAAUGCAGUCAUACCUCGGAAGUCGAACGGAAUCCGUUCCAGAAGUCCGUUCGACUUCCAAAACGUUCAGAACCAAAGCGCGGUUUCUGACUGGCUGCGGGAAGCUCCUGCAGCCAAUUGGAAGCCCCGUCGGACGUUCGGCUUCCAAAAAAUAGUUUGCAAAGUGGAACACUCAUUUCCACGUUUGUGGCAUUCGGGAGCCAAAACGUUCUAGAACUAAGCUGUUUGAAAACCAAGGUACGACUGUAAAAUGUUCUGAUUUCAUGUUCAGGAUCAAUCCACCGAUAAAACUCCAGUAUUCUUCUAUUGGCACGUAUAGGGUUUAGGGGAAGUGUAGUACCUCUGGUGGGAGACCUGUUGCAUUCUUUCUUGGGUAGUUUGUCCUCCUUUGGUCCCCACUCUGCACUCAGCUCUCACCUGCGGCUCCUAGAAGCUGUCAGCAUGUGAUAGCGGCCACACCCUGGAAAUGAUUUUGACUGGCCCGCUAAACCUGGCGAGGGCAACCGAUGGGUCUCAAACCCUCGGUGACUUAAGAACUUCCCCUGUAUGCGAAGACAGGCUCUUGCAGAUUGAGCAGAUGAGACUAAUAGUGGCUCCAAUGAUCAAGAAGGCAGUUUCUGCCCCUGCUGCAGAGGGAAGUGAGGGGCAGAUGGGGCUCGUCAACCUGGGAAGGUAGCCCAUCUAGGAGAAGGAAAACUCUGAUCCUAAACCUCUCCUGCCUUGCGAGAUAUCUUCAGGAGAAGGAAAGGCUAAGGAGUAAACCAGGGAUCAGCAAACUUUUUCAGCAGGGGACCAGUCUACUGUCCCUCAGACCUUGUGGGGGGCCGGACUAUAUUUGGGGGGGAGGAGCGGGGAAUGAACGAAUUCCUAUGCCCCACAAAUAACCCAGAGAUGUAUUUUAAAUAAAAGGACACAUUCUGCUCAUGUAAAAACAUGCUGAUUCCCAGACCAUCCACGGGCCGGAUUUAGAAAGUGAUUGGGCCGGAUCCGGCCCCCGGGCCUUAGUUUGCCUACCCAUGGAGUAAAACCAGCCCAAUCGCCUUCUAAAUCCAGCCUGCAGAACGUCCGGGAAUCAGCAUGUUUUUACAUGAGUAAAAUGUGCCCUUUUAUUUAAAAUGCUUCUCUGGGUUAUUUGUGGGACAUAGGAAUUCGUUCAUUCCCCCCCCCCCCAAAAAAAAUAGUCUGGCCCCCUGCUGAAAAAGUUUGUUGACCCCUGGAGUAAACCCUAUACAUAUCCAGAGUGGAGACCCUAUGAUGGUUGGAUGGUGCCUGAUAUGCCUCCUUCCGGCAAUUCCUGCAACCAAGCUAGAGCCAAACGUAUUGCUCUGGACCACAUCAGUGAGGCCAAGAGGGGGUCCUUAUUGCCUGGGCAGACCAGGACCUCCAUGCACCCUGGCCAGGCUUGUGCCCCAGGGAGGUCACUUCAGUGCUGCUGGUGUAGAAUUUGACUUCACCCCAGUGGCACCCUCAAUUGCCUCUUGGGAAAGAUGGAUGCCAACAACAAAUCUUCUAUUUCUCCAGGUAAUGACCAUAAGGGAAGAUAUGGUCGUUGUGGUGGAGAAAAGCGAUGGUUCCAGAAUAGUAGAUCAUGCUGAUGGCACCAGAAUAACCACUUUCUUCCAAGAGUGUGUUGAAAUGGUUGAGUCCGCUGACAGUGAAGAAACAGGUAUGUGCAUGGUUCUCGUAUAAUCCUUUCUCAUUGCAAAAAAACAAAGGUGGGACCGUUUAAAUUCCUGUGUUUUCAGUUGGCUUUAACAUAUUACAGUACUUUAUCAUUUCCACAAGGAGAAAUUCAUUUACAUCAAUUGUAAAAGCUAUUUUGAAUAAUUACAUUCAGCUGAUUUUAGUUAUUCAUCUUCUGAAUCCUGGUGAUGGACCAGAGACAAGAAAGGUGUCCUAUGUUUUUGUUCUCAAAGAUUAAACAGAUUGAGAGUUGCAGUAUAGCUGCUGAUGGUGGCGGCUGUCCUCAAUCUGCUCACUUGUGACAGUUAUUGUGAUGAUCAGAGAACAAAGUUAUAUUUGCCACAAGCAGAAUCUUCCAUCUUACCUAGGGAAGCCUGAAGAACCUCAUCCUCGAUAUAGCAAGAUGGAGGCAUUUAGAUGAUUUCUUACCAACAUACAGACCUUUUUGCACCAAGAAUGGUGGUUAAAUAAGCAGUUGCUCUCAGUCAGGUGUUGCUGAUUGCUGGUAAUGCAUCAGAUAAUACUUUUGAAUCUUGAACAGAAUUUAAUUUAUUCUUUCGUCCUGCCCAAUGCAUUGAAUUCUGGUAUUCUCUUAAAGCAGGGAGAGAUUCAUCAUGCAAUGAGCUACGUCCAAAAUCCUGAAAGGUGCCAACAUAUCAGGGCAGAAUGAGCAGAACGAGAUGGUUGAAACAGCUACUGCUGUGUAUAGAAACCAAAUUUAUUGAAGUGUAUUUAUCGGAAAGUAUUCAACUGGCAGAAAGUGUUAUAAGUCUGAGCUCCAAGGAUACGAUGGCAAGUUUAAUAGUAAAUGACAAGAGUUUUGAAGCCAUCCUUGUGAGAAAUAACAUUGUUCUGCCACUCAUCUUAGGCUUUGUCACAGUUCACAGUAUAAAUGCUCUUCUGAAGUUUGUCGACCUGGUUUCAUUCCUAGACACCGAGCCCCAAACCAUCACAAGGAAAGUAAAAUGCAUGCGUGUAGAAAAUCCAGACUUUGCAACGAUCAUAACAAAUUGUGAGGACAGUACGUGUUGUGCCAUCUUUGCUGAUGGAACUUCGAUUAUAUCAAAGCCUGAAGGAACAUACCAAGUGAGUCUACAAUUAAAAAUGUAUCCUAUUAUUAUUAUUAUUUAUUAUUUUUAUUAAAUUUCUACAUCACCACUUACCUGCUGCCUUGUGGAACUUCUUCAGGAGAGGAAAGGGCUAAGGUGUAAAACCUACACAAAUCGGGAGUGGCAUCCCUAAGGUGGUUGGAAGCUGCCUUGUGCGCCUCUUCCUGGCAACUCUUGCAGCCGAGCCUUUCUCCUUUUUGAUCGACCGGUGAUUCUGGAUCACAACUAGGAUUGUCUUCAGAAUCCCUUGAUGCUCUUGCUCUCAUUCUGAAAAGAUAUCUAUCCAUAUUCUGCAAAUAAAAAUUAUUUUAAUACUAUACUGUACUAUACUAUACUAUACUGAAAUGUUUCAAUGUUUGUCCUUGAAUCUUCGUGUCGCACUUGCCACCCUCUCUUGCCACACCAUUGUGGCACACCCUUUGAGAACCACCAGUCUAACUCCUUGAGUUACAAUGUCCAUUUUGUGCCCCAUUAUUUCCCAAGCCCCAGAUUUCCAGUUAUGCUAAGUUUUAUAUGAAAUUGAUGAAUGCGAGUAUUCUAAAACAGCUCUAUUAUUAGAACACACAUUUGUGAACUGUUAUUCCCGAGAGUGAAAAUGUUAACAAAUGGCAAGCAGGAAGAGGUACAUGAAAAGUUGUUGUUGUUGUUUAGUCGUCUUAAUCGUGUUCAACUCUCCAUGACCCCAUGAACCAGAGCAUGCCUUGGAAACUCCCACUUUCUUCUCAAAGCUUCUCCUUUUUUAUGUCCAUGGAGUUUUCUUGGCAAAAUACUGGAGUGGAUUGCCAGUUCCUUCUCCAACAUGAAAAGUAGUUAAGCAUAAAGGGAUGGACUGCAAUCCAUUUUCAUACUAAUUCAUCCUGCAUUUCCAUGGCACUUACAUUGAUUAGUAAAUUUAUGGGUGGCUGAAUCUCCUCCUUUAUUAUCGUGGUAGAUACUGCCCAUGAACAAAGGCUGCCUCUUCGUCGAUGAAAACUGUUGUGCAGUUUACUCUCCAGAGGCAUUUGAAAAAAGUGGAAGUGAUCUUGUAUCCAAUUUUGAGGAUCAGCAGGCAGGGAAAUACGUUAUGAAACACAACUCCAGUAUUGCCUGUGAGGUGACAGACCAGGCAGGAAACAUUUUUAAGGUAAAAUACUACAGUUUGUUCUGCAGUUCAUUGUGUGGAUUUGUUUUACGAGGUUUGCUUUUAAAUUGGGUUGUAAUUAUUUAAAAUAUAUAUAGUCAAUCAUUUGGCUUUUAAUUUAUUAAGAUAAAUUUAAAGAGCCUUCAGCUAGUGUGCUUCCAGCUCCUAUUCUGACAUGACUCUGAGAAGUUGAACAUUGGAAGCACUUGCUUCUCUUUUCAACUAACUUUGCACUUUGCACAAAGCCAGAAAUACUGGUCAGUGCCAACUAUGGUUUAUGUUUGUGUGUUUGUUGUUUUUUAAGCCAAUCUGCUUUAUUGGCAUUUUAAAAAGUGCAUCGUACACAUGGAUCAGAACACAACACAAUUAACGAAACAUAGUUGGAGAUACUUUAGGAUAAAACUGUCCAGACUUCAUGAGGUACGAAGAUGGCUCUUAGGACCUACGGUGAUGUCAUUUUAUGGCGUCACUCAAAAAUCUUGCCACAUUCUCCAUAACGUCAUUACUACAAUUGUUGAGCAGCUGGCAUGAACAGAUUCCCUCUGUUAAAGAAGAAACGGGUGAUAGCCAGAGCUAGAGUAUCCUCUCCGUUAAGUGCAAGCUUACAAUGGUAUUUCCAGGAAGUGUUGUAUUGGAAGUGGACACCUAGGUCAGGGGUCAGCAAACUUUUUCGGCAGGGGGCCGGUCCACUGUCCCUUAGACCUUGUGGGGGGGCUGGACUAUAUUUUUUGCAGGGGAUGAACGAAUUCCUGUGCCCCACAAAUAACCAAGAGAUGCAUUUUAAAUAAAAGCACACAUUCUACUCAUGUAAAAACAUGCUGAUUCCCAGACCAUCCACGGGCUGGAUUGAGAAGGCGAUUGGGCCAGAUCCGGCCCCCGGCCUUAGUUUGCCUACCCAUGAGCUAGGUAUUUAAAGUUUUUAACCUGUUCCAAUGGGUUUCCACUGAUCUCCCACCUAUGAGGCUUCCAAGAUCUUGAGAAAACAAGCACUUUAGAUUUUGCGACCUUCUGUGGUUUAUGUACAGUAUUUAUGUAUUUCUUCUAGAUGUGGGAUUAUAUGCACGAGCAAAGAGAAUUUGUAUGUUUUUAAUUUCUUACAUUUUUGUUCCUUCUAUCCCUUUGUUCUAGGAAAGCAUUUGUGAUAAUCUUGCCCUACAUUUCCCAGUGUUAUCCUCACAAUAAUUCCUGUUAUGCUGCCAGUGACUAGUCUUAUGUUUACGCAGGGGGCUUCGUGGUUGAGCUGAGAUUUGAUGCCUUCAUCUCUGUUAUCAAAAGCCAGCGUUGGCCAUAACACUGGCUUGGCCUAUGGCAAGAAGCCACAGUGAAGUGGUUAUGUGAGAAGGGUGGCAUUAGAACAAGAGGGGAGUCCUCGUGGGGAGAUGCUUGAGUCAUGUUGGUUUUGGUGCCACGUGUAAUGGAACACACAACUCCGGGAACAGGCUGAUCAGGCAGAAGUGUGUAGACACACACAUUACACCACAGCUAGCUAGGGACAUUUGGGGAAGGAGAAGGUCUCCUGGGAAUGCACCGCGAGGCCAGCUCUGCUCCCUCUCUGUUUGCAUUUUAUACCUCUUUUUUAGGGCUUCUGUAUAAGCCAUGCCAGUGGCGCUGUGGGUUAAACCACAGAGCCUAGGACUUGCUGAUCAGAAGGUCGGUGGUUCAAAUCCCCGUGACAGGGUGAGCUCCUGUUGCUCGGUCCCAGCUCCUGCCCACCUAGCAGUUCGAAAGCACGUCAAAGUGCAAGUAGAUAAAUAGGUACCACUCCGGCGGGAAGGUAAACGGCGUUUCCGUGCGCUGCUCUGGUUUGCCAGAAGCAGCUAAGUCAUGCUGGCCACAUGACCCGGAAGCUGUACGCCGGCUCCCUCGGCCAAUAUAGUGAGAUGAGCGCCGCAACCCCAGAGCCGGCCACUACUGGACCUAGUGGUCAGGGGUCCCUUUACCUUUUAAUAAGCCAUGCCAGAUUAUCUGGUGAAAGCGAGAGAAAGAUGAGAAUGAUGUCACCACUUCAGAUGAAGCAAUUAGAGGCUUUAAAGCAGAGUUGAGCAAAAUGUUCAUGAAAACGUAUGUUCAGCAGAUGUCCCCCGCCUCUUUCUUUCUUUCUUUCUCCCCUUCUCUCUCUACAUUGGUUUUGUGCAACUGGUCUCAGUUGAACACUUUUGCCCCCCUUUGAAGACCAUCCCAAAAUAUCACCCAAGGGGUGAUGGGGGGGGGCUUAAAGCAUUACGGAAGUGUUUGAAAAACGCCGUCAUUGCCCUUCAACUUAGUCUUCUUUUCCUUAAAUGAUCCCAUCCCUUUAAAUUUAAAUAGAUGAUUGUAACAGGUGAGGCUUCCAAGGAAGAGACGAGACUUGAAUACAAUGGAAUAGGUAGUUCCUCCCUACAGAUUCAGGUGGAAAUAACCUCUGUAUACAUAAUGCCAAAGAUGUGAGUGCCCAGAACUAUAGUUAUGGCCAAGUGACUUUGCUUUUCAUUGCAGGUCAUGGCUGAUGGCAGCACUUCUGAAUUCAUUGCUAAUAUUGAUGCUGAUGGAAAGGAAUCAGAGAUCACAGAAGUUAAAUUGCCAAUCGUAUAUGGAGAACAUGCACCCAGGUAGGAAAUCAAUAAAUGUUGCCCAUUAUGUCAUUUAUAGGGCCAGCUGCCAUAUUUUAACCAGUGCUUUUGUGUGUGUGUCUUUUGGAUAAAUGGCCUAUUUACACAUAUAUGCAACCUGAGCCAACGAUUUUAACUAUUGCUUGAAGUUUCCUUGGUCCUCUUUUAUUUCUCACCACAUUUGUUGUGCCAUAUCUGCCCCUCCUUCGUUGUUCUACAUUGCAAUGAUCCAAGGUUUUUUAAAAGCAAUGCAUAUGAAGUGACUGAGUCAAUGGUUUGGAGGGAAAUUUAUAGUAGCCCAGUUUUGACUUUUCAUUCAUUCUUCUAUUGUUCUGGUUUUGUUCGUUAUGUACUUUGCCUGAACUUGAACUGACCAGAUGUGUGGGAUUGAUGAUUUAGAUUCUUCAUUGUGUAUGCUGACGGCUCAGGGACUGAACUCCUCCGUACCAGGGAUGCAGAGGGAUACCUGACCGAUGCGUAUGGUGAUCCAGUUACAGCAGUUAUACAAGAGCCAAUACAAGAAUGCCCAGGUAGGAGCACAAUCCUCCAUUCAGAUCAGUCUUGCUUUGAUGACGACGAUGAUGGUGAUGAUAAAUUUAAUAUUUAUACCCUGCCUAUCUGGCUGGGUAUCCCCAGCCGCUCUGGGCAGCUCCCAACUGAAUAUUAAAAACAUCAAACAUUAAGAUCUUCCCUUAACAGGAUUGCUUUCAGAUGUCUUCUAAAAGCCCAGAUAGUUGUUUAUUUCCUUGACUUCUGAUGGGAGGGCAUUCCACAGGGUGGGCACCACUACCGAGAAGUCCCUCAACCUGGUUCCCUGUAACCUCACUUUGCGCUAAGUACCUCCCAUGUGACCAGUGUUAGCCAACCACAUGAGAACUACCGGAAAACUCUCUAGAAUUCAGUUACCAACCAAUCAGAUUUAACCACAUAGUAACACAUGCAAGCAUUUACAAUUUCAGUGAAUUAAAUUACUAUACAUAACAAUUUCCCCAUGAUCAGUUGGCUUUUUGGAGGGGGGGGGCACAUCCUACCACACAAUUUCAGAAAUUCAAAGAACAACAUUCUGUUUCUGGGAAAGUCUACUUUCCCCAGGUGUAUCAUCUAUUUGCUAUUGUGAAUGUGGCAAAGCAAAACUCUUCAUCACAGCUGUUUCUUGCUAUCUGGCGGGUUUUUUGUCUAGACUUACAUCAUUGUUGUAAUAAUAAUAAUAAUUUUAUUAUUUAUACCCCACCAAUUUGGCUGGGUUUUCCCAGCUACUCUGGACAGCUUACAAAUACCUAAAAACAAAAUAAAAUGACCACCUACCUGAAUCUUUUCAGAGAUAGAAUGACUAGUGAUGUUCUCUGGGUUUUCUAUUUGUCUUUCAAACCAGGAAUCCUAAGCAUUACCGUACUUCGCCCUUUGAGUGAAGUGUCUCGAUGGGUGAUGAAGAGAGAUUCGUCCACUAUCAUCCCUUAUAAUCUCCAGUCAAGGGCCUGGGAAGAUUUCCCUCCAGUUGAGGUAUGCAGCGUUCAGAAUUGCUUCCUUCAGUACUUGAUCGUGAUAUGACUGCACUGAUCUGGCUGGCAGGCCAAUUUUUUAAAAAAUGUUCAUCUGAAGAAUUCACAGUGAUUUAUUGAGGGCAGGAGUGCCUGGACUGGGUCCACGUACAGUGGUACCUCGGGUUACAAACACUCCGGGUUACAGACUCCGCUAACCCAGAAGUAGUACCUUGGGUUAAGAACUUUAUCUCAGGAUGAGAAAAGAAACCGCGGGUGGAAGACCUUGUUCAGGCUCUGUGUCGCAGAACUUUUUUUAAAAAAUGUGCAACUUGACAUGAAACAUUCCAGGAGGAAAUUAGCCAUUCCAAAUUCAGGUUAGUUACAUUUAGUUACUGAAGAGAUAGGUGGAAUGUUGCCAAAAUAGUGCAAUGCUUUGUUGUGUUGAUAAAGAACAUAGAAGCUUAGAUAGUUACAGUAGUACCUUGGGUUACAUACACUUCAGGUUACAGACUCCGCUAACCCAGAAAUAGUACCUCGGGUUAAGAACUUUGCUUCAGGAUGAGAACAGAAAUCGUGCUCCGGCGGCGUGGCAGCAGCAGGAGGCCCCAUUAGCUAAAGUGGUGCUUCAGAUUAAGAACAGUUUCAGGUUAAGAACAUACUUCCAGAACAAAUUAAGUUCGUAACCAGAGGUACCACUGUGCUGUUUCUCCUCCUGUAAUUGAUGCAGCUGCCUGCCUGGCUAGACACAAAAGUCUAUGCAAACGUAUCCGCUUCUACCAGCCAAGCAAAUGACUAGGAGAGGGUGCUGGUGAUGUCACUGUAACAGCUUUCCUCAGAUUUUCAGCUCCCGCAUGCUGUCCCUUAUAUAAUUUUGGCCUUUUAGUAGAGUUUGCACUUUGCUUCAUUAAGGUAAUUUCCCCAGCAAUCCUUUGGGACAUGGGGAGAGAAGAAAAGAGAUGUAGAUUAAUUAAAACAUUUGUGACCCAGAAAACAUCCUCAUUUUGAUGUGUCGAUUUAGGCAUGUAAAAAUCGGCUCCUGCUACAUCUCUGAAGGAUCUUCUGGGGGAAAUCAGAAUCUAUUUCUAACUUCACUUUUAAGAACCUUCAUAAUAUUUCAUCAUGCUGCCUGUAAAAUCAUUGACUUAUUUAAUGGGCUCAUUAUUUUAUUACUUUGUUUAUUUAUUAAAUUUCUGUACUGACCAUCAGUGCCGGAUUUACGUAUAAGCUACACAAGCUAUAGCUUAGGGCCCCACUCUCUUUGGGGGGGCCCCCAAAAAAAUUAAAGGGAAAAAACCUGGAUGUGCAUUUCCAAAAUAUAAGAUAAAAACCUACAUACAGCAACAGUGUUUUGUGUUGUGUAGGCUCCUAUGAUGUAAGUAAUGGGCCCUGCCUGCUCCCCUUCUCCCUAAAAUAUCACUGGUUUGCUCAUUUCUAUAUAUAGGGUGCCUACAUUCUGCAUGGACUGGUUGCAUGGCAACGUGUGCAAAUGGCUUUAGAUACCUCUUAGGUCCAUAAAUUACCAUAUAGCAUAUAUUCAACGCAAAAAACAGCGACAAUUUGUUGUUGACAAAGGACAGCUGGACAUAUAAAGGGCCCCAUUACCUUCAGUAGCUGAGGGCCUCAUCAAACCUAAAUCCGGCCCUUCUGACUAUCAUCUAAGGAUCACAGGGCAGUUUACAAUAUAAAAACACAAACACGCAUAACAUGGUAACAGUAGAUGGUUGAAUUAGCCAAUGGCCUGAGGAGAGAGGAAUGUUUUUGUCUGGCUCCUAAAGAUAUGUAUCAAAGGUGCCUCCCUGGGGAGAGCAUUUUCCAAAUGGGGAACCACCACAGAAAAGGCCUGUUCUCGUGUUGCCAUCCUCCAGACUCCUUGUGGGAGGCCUCAGAUGAUGACCACAGAGUCUGGGCUGCUUCAUAUGAGGAGAGGCAUAUGAUUAUAAAUAGCAACAUAAUCCAAGGUUCAAAAGCAAUAAUCAUUCAGGCUUUUAUGUUUAUUACCCUAAUACAUAGUUCAUAUGAUGAUGAUGAAUUAAUGAAGAAGAAAAAUAAUUUAUACCCCACCCAUGUGGCUGGAUUUCCCCAGCCACUCUAGGCAGCUUCCAACAGGAUAUUAAACAGAGUAUCUGAUGGGAUGGCAUUCCACAGGGUGGGCGCCACUACCAAGAAUGCCCUCUGCCUGGUUCCCUGUAACUUGGCAUCUCACAGCAAGGGAACCUCCAGAAGGCCCUCGGAGCUGGACCUCAGUGUCCAGGUAGAACGAUGGGGGUGGAGACGCUCCUUCAGGAAUACUGGACUGAGGCCGUUUAGGGCUUUAAAGGUCAGCACCAACACUUUGAAUAGUGGUUGGAAACGUACUGGGAGCCAACGUAGAUCUUUCAGGACAGGUGUUAUAUGAUAGCAAGCUUUCUGAUGCAACUGGCUGAAAGCAGAUUUUCUGAUAGGUUGAUCCAGAAGACAUUGCCUAGAAGAAAGUCCCACUAAAAUGCAUAACAAGUAAAAUCUCGAUUUUCUCUUUGUCAUUUGGACUCAGAGAAAGACUCCAGGUCCUCCAUUUGGGAUGAAUGCUUGGAAAGGGCUGUGCAUAGAAUUCAAGCAGUUAGCAGGUUCUCCGGCACCUAUACAGAAAUGUCCAAAUGUACUCCAAAUCCGCCGCUUGAUCCAGUAUUCGCCAGUCACUGAUGAGCUCAGGCAGAAAUUGCAGCUUUCUGUGAAGGUAAGGCAAACCCCGUGAAGAUCUAGUGAAGCAAACCCGCAGCUGAUCUGUUAAGCUUUCAAUAGUACAUCUAAAAAAACCUGAAUGCUCAGAGAAGCUUGAAUUAAAGGACUCACCCUUCCUUCUUUAAAUGAUGUCCAAGAAAUUCCCAGAAGUUCUACUUAAUGGGUUAGAACCAAUGAGCAAGUCAAGAUUAGAAGGCAAAUCAGGAAGCAGAAUUAAAGAACAAGUCAGGAGUCAGGACUGAAAAUCCAGGCAGGAUCAGAUGGCAACCCAGGAGGCCGGCUUGAUGAAUGAUCCAGAAGAAAAGAAAAGAACUAAGACUACAGUACUGCACCAGAGCUCAGGAAGAUCUCUCGUUUAAUCAAGGUUCAUAUGGAAAACAAAGCCCUUUAAGUUCCUUUCCCCCCAACGAUCCAGUGGUCACUCUGAGUAGGCAAUCAGAAUUUUGCUUUUCCUUCUAUUUUCCUUCAUGAAAUGUUUGGUGUAUCAAACAAACACCAAAGGCUCAGCACUGAGAAGGCUGUCACUUUCAGUUUUUGGUUCAGCACACAGGUCAGCCAUAUAUAAAUGUCAUCUUCAUCUGACAGUACAGAGUCCUGUACACAAAGAAGCACUUGUGAAACUGGUCAUUUCACACCUUCCUGAAGGAAUGAAGGACAGGUGACCCCAUCUAGGCGCGAAGUCACCCCCCCCCCCCAAAGCAGGCUCAAAGCUUCUCAAAGCUUUUCAAAAUCAUUUUCUCAGCAGCUAAGCAUCUGCUCAUUUGCUCUGCUGUUGCAAGGCAAAAUGUUACUUUUAAAGGCUAAUGAAUAGGCUCUGUCAUUGCCAAGAAUACUCAGGCCUGAGAAACGAAUCUUAUCUCAUUCUAGUUGCAACAUCUUGGGCAUGCAAGGCUUCUCACCCCCCCUUUCCUGGGAAAGGUGCCAAGAGUCCAAUAGUCCCAAGACAGUUUUCUGUUCAUGCUCAGAGGAACUCAUGGGGCAGGACUCCUGGGAAAAGGAGGAGAAAGGGGGAGGGAACUGGAAUGGGUAUAUAAACUCUGUGCACAUGACUGUGAACCCGUGCAUGCUUUUUGUGAACUAUCACACUUGCUCCUUCUACCAGUUCAUGGAUGGUAGAAAUAAAAGCCUUUUCUCCGAAACUAUUCAUUGAGUGUCUGUUGACUCCCACUUCCCUUUCCCGGGCGCAAUAUUUUUCCCACCCGAGGGCAAAGCCUCAUAAGGCUACAUUCCAAGGAUCAAAGUGUGGAAGAAACUUCCUGGCAUGUGGGCCAGUGUGCAGUUCAGCCAUUUAAAUGUGUCACUAGUGUUACAAGUUGUGAUGAUGGUGAUGACUGUAAUAAACUAAUGAAUAUGUGGGUGGGAAUGCAGUUCGAAAGCACGUCAAAGUGCAAGUAGAUAAAUGGGUACCGCUCCAGCGGGAAGGUAAACGGCAUUUCCGUGCGCUGCUCUGGUUCGCCAGAAGCGGCUUAGUCAUGCUGGCCACAUGACCCAGAAGCUGUACGCCGGCUCCCUCGGCUAAUAAAGCAAAAUGAGCGCCGCAACCCCAGAGUCGGCCACGACUGGACCUAAUGGUCAGGGGUCCCUUUAUCUUUACCUUUAAUGUGAUUCUUUUUGUCCACCCCCACCCCCAUUUUGCCCAUCUUUUUGUCCAUUUUGCUUUUCCUUCUAUUUUCCUUCAUGAAAUGUUUGGUGUAUCAAACAAACGGCAGUUUAUUUCAUCAUAAUGUACUGCAGUUUGAAGGCUCAUCUGACCCAGUGCAAAGUUGUCAUAUUGUAAGCUGCCUUAUACCAGGCUAGAGCUGUUGCCCAUCUAGUCCAGUUCUCUUUGAACUGAUUCUCAGUGGCUCUUCGGGGUCUUUUCAAUCACUUGCUGCCAUCAGGUUUCUGAUCUAACGAGUGAUGCUGGGGACUGAACCUGGAACCUUCUGCAGGUUUACCACUGAACCUGCCAAAAUCUCUUACGAAAGGAGAGAAGUAUUUUGAUAUAUGUAGGGAGCUCCGCAGGCAGAUAGCUUUGAACCAGUUCCAGAAGCAUCUUAGUCACAUCGAAUGUGCUUUUUCACUUUAAUUUAUUUCAGAUUUUUGAAGUUUCUUGUGUGCCGAGCAACACCAAACUGAAAAGAAUCAUACUCAAAUGACUUUGUGUGAAUGGAUUGUUAUGUGUGUUCCAUACCAGUAACUGUCUCAGAACAGCUUUGAACAGAAAUAGUGUGGAGUACGCAGGCAGCAGAAGCACCUCAUUCUGUUUAUCUGUAUCUCUAUAACUUACAAAAUAGAUUUUUUCUGUCUCCCUCCCCUGGGGGAUGCAAAAUCUUUCCAUAUCAAUGUAGAAGGAGCACACACAUUUCCCGUGAAAUUUUAUUUCAGGCAAUAUAGAAGUGUGAAGGAACCGGAAAUUAAAGGUACCCUGUUCUCUCAAAACACCGCCACACUUGAAGCGACUCUCAAAACCCACCGUUUGGCUCACAUAGGUCUGAUUCUACAAAAAGAAAAGAAAAAGAAGAUUGUAAUUUGACAAAAGCUUUAAAAUGCAUACACAGAACCAACUGUUAGUUUUCACUUUCACCACCGCUUACUCUAAUGAACAUUUUUUAUAGAAAGUUUAUUUUUCCUGUUUCUUCUCCACUGCCCUGGUUUUAAGGAGUACAUUGAAAAAAUCAUGAAGGAAGAAGAAGAAAUGGAAGAGAUGUGUAUUAAAGAUCCACGAAUGGAAGAAGAGAAGGAAAAUGCUGCUGACCUUCUCAAGCUAGUUAUGGUAAGGACUGCAUGUUUCGUUGUUCCCUUAAAUUCAGGUUCCCUUAAAUUCCCUUUAUAAGGGAGAGUGACUCUGCCUUCAUUACAACAGUGGCUCAGUUCUGCAUUUCCCCAAACCUUGGGGUCUGUUUUCUCCUUCCCUUACAUUCUCCUAUUUCUUCCCCUUUGUAGUGACCCAUUGUCAACCAUUACUUCUGAACCAGAAAACUCUGGGUUUGCACUUCAUUCACUUCAUUGUCUCAUAACAGGAACCUUUUCUCUGCCCAGUUCCACUCUGUUCACAGCUGCAGCUGGAAUCAGAAACUUAAAUGGAACUUCUUUGAACUCUUUUCUUUGAUAGUAAGGCACAGAAAUAAAAUACAGAAACAAAAGAGUGGGUGUUGAGUAAAUGGCGGAGCGGUCAAAAUGAGAUUCUGUUCCUGACAGCCAUUGCAAGUAACAGGUGACACUAUCUAAGUGUGCUUUAGCAAAAGCAGCUUUUCAUUCCCUGCUCCCUCACCAGGAAAUGGCUCCAAAGUAGGAGGUGAUGCUUGCCGAACUCAAGGCAUAAAUUCAUGGCAACAUCUGAUUGCUGAUUGGAGAAAUAAAAAAUUUAAAAGCAUGGUUGCAGAGCAGAGGAGUUAAAGAAAAGAGCUUUAAAAACUAAGCUGCAAAGGUGCAUGGGUGUUUCUUUGUGGGGAUGGAGUGGAAGAGUAGGUGUUUGAUGACAGGUGCCAGAGAUUCCUUUCCAUGCCCUCACUCUUGCAGCCGACAAAAGGAAAGGGAAAUGAAGAUGAUGGGAGACAUUAACAGCAGCUGUGCACUGCAAAGGCAUCCGUACUUUUCGGUGUAUAACACAAGAUUGUUUUAUUAGAAAAUAAUGUAAAAAAAGGGACACGGGUGGCGCUGUGGGUUAAACCACAGAGCCUAGGACUUGCUGAUCAGAAGGUCGGCGGUUUGAAUCCCUGCGAUGGGGUGAGCUCCCGUUGCUCGGUCCCUGCUCCUGCCAACCUAGCAGUUCAAAAGCACGUCAAAGUGCAAGUAGAUAAACAGGUACCGCUCUGGUGGGAAGGUAAACAGCAUUUCCGUGCGCUGCUCUGGUUCGCCAGAAGCGGCUGAGUCAUGCUGGCCACAUGACUCGGAAGCUGUACGCCGGCUCCCUCGGCCAGUAAAGCAAGAUGAGCGCCGCAACCCCAGAGUCGGUCACGACUGGACCUAAUGGUCAGGGGUCCCUUUACCUUUAAUGUAAAAAAAGUGGGGUUGUCUUAUACAUGGGCAGUUAAUAUGUGGGGCAGGGGAGCGGUUGCUGCCACGAGCAGGAGAUUGUUAUCUGCAGAAGGGCAAUCGAUUCGUGGCUGAAGCAAGGGCUGCUGCCGAUUGGCUGCUGUUGCAGCUGUUGUGCUGGCGAAUGGCGGUGAGCGGGCAGACAAUUGGUGGCUUCGGUGACAUGUAGGAUUGCCAUCGUUGGUCUGUCGGGUGAAGUUUUUUGAGGUCAACAACGCUGGAAACCCCCACCCACAUUUUCUUAAAUUUGAAUCCCCCAAAAUAAGGGGCGCGUUAUACACAGGGGUGUGUUAUACACGGAAAAAUGCGGUAACUGUUGUAGAGAGAUAGCUAAGGUACAGAAAUGGACAGGGUAGAAGGAGGGCAGAGUAUGAUACAAACAUCUUUUCUGCAACACCAGCAGCUAGGCUAAAUGUCUCUAUUAGAUCCAGCUGGCUUGGUGCCACUGUCAUUGAAAUUCUAUAUAAUAUUGAUCCAGAGCAGAUUCCAAUGUCUGGUUAGCAGAGUAAAAACUUAAACACGUUGCAAAAAACAGAGGCAAUUGUAUUUCAUCCAGCAGAGCUUUACUGCUACUGAAGGCAAAUGAGCAUAAUGGCCCACACAUCCAGUACAUUCAGGAUUGGCACAGUCCAUAAGAAAUCCAGUUGCAGCAGACUUAAUUUAAACUUACAAUAACUUGUAAUAAGUCUAAACCUUGCUUGCAGGUCAGAAAAAAGUAAAAAGUACAGAAGCGGUAAUCAUACGUAUCCAUAUAAUGGGUCUGUCUGCUGUUUAAUUUUUAGACUGCAGAGGAGCAAUGUGCUGCAGUGGAAAUCUUCCUCAUAUUUCUAUCCCGGUCUCUCAAAAUAGUCAUCUUCUUCCAGACACACAUAUUGACAGCAGGAAUGACACACACCACUGUAUCACCAAUGCCUUUGGUGGCUUUAAGCCCCAUAAUAGCUGUUUGUUAAAUAUUUGGUGUGGCUGAAGUGCCAUGGAAAAUACGUAUUUAGAACUACACAACUCAAGCUAUGUUUCUUCAUUGCAGUCUUUCCCUAACCUUGAAGAACCUUCAGAAGAUCUAGGCAGCAGAGGUAAGAGUGAGAAAACGUGCUUUGCUCUUUAAAAAUCACUAGUGAGUCUUGUGUGCAAUAUUUCUCUUCAUCUGCCACAAAUAUUCUGUGUUAGCUUUUUAUUUUUAUAAUUACAUUUUGGGACCAGUAGAGAAAUGUUGUUGCUGGUGCUUAAGUAAUAUCUGUUAAAGAACUGCUGGUGAGGAGAAUUGCCAGUGAAAAUGGUUGGUGGAUGUAAAACUUCUCUUCCACCAACCCUUUCCUCCCUCCUUCUUAUAGACCAUGCGUGGAGAGGUGACAUCAUUUUAAAGGUCUCUCAUUUACAACUCUCAUAAAAAAGUGGUUCUGCAGCUCACAAUCAGAAAAAUAAGUUCUCGUGCCACAAAGCUGUUUGGUGUUCUUGCUGCAAAAGAUUAAUAGUUACCCCUGUGGAAAUUUCUUAACUUUGAAAACAAAAACACAGGGGAAGUAAUUAAUUCACAAGUAUCUAUUGACGGCUGAAAUAUGCAUGUACAUAAACUGUGCUCUAUGAUAUACAUAAAAAUGCAUAUAUAGUAUAUUUCUGCAUUGGUGGACAAUCAAGCAGAAGAAAGACCUGUAUAAAAUCAGGUGAUAGCAGCAGAACAGAAGACAACACAGGUAUGUGAAUGUCAGAACAGAUUGAGACAUGUUGCUACAUCGCUUUCUCUUGUGGCUUUACAGCUCAUAUUGCUGAAAUAUAUGAGCAGGCAGUGGCUUCACACUCACACCAUCCAUCAAGGGAGUCACUUGCAAAGAAAACAGAAGAAUAUUGGCAGAGGUUCCGGUAAGAGUUCAGUGUAAUAAGAUGUUGUCAUAAAUGCACAGCCAUGACUUACUCAUUACCUGUAAGGUGUGUGUUGCUGUAAUUAGCCUGAUCUGGACCGCUAGACAAUUAUGCUAACAUAAGUGUUGUCGCAGAUUCUGUCGUCUUCCUUAGCUAGGCCCUAAAUCACAGGCUCUGAUGAUGUGUGUUUUAUGUUAAAGUAAAAAAGUGCACCUGAGGCUAUUGGCAGUGAAUUAUUUACUCACAGGCAUUAUUACAGGCCAGUUGCCAGCUGCAGGAAUCUUUACAAGUGAAGGUAAAGUUGUUGAAAGAUUUUAUAUAUUGUGUUAUUUCUUUGCAUAAGAUGUCAGUGUCAUAUUUCAAGAAUAAUAUUUGGUGAACUUCUUCCUUUCUUCUCGUACAGCCAGGAAGAGGCACAGGAUGUAUCUUUCUGGCAGGUCAAGCUUGCUCAGACCAGGUAACAGUGCUGCUUGUUUAAGGGUAGAAUUCAGAAGUUCCUAAGUGGAAGCUGGGGUGGGGUGCAGGGGGAGAAAGAAUGUGGUUGAGUCUGUAGAUUUUGGAAACCCCUGCUGCCUUGCGGGAUAUCUUCGGGAGAAGAGAGAGCUAAGGAAUAAACCCUACACAAAUCCGACAAGUCCCUAAGGUGGUUGGAUCAAACCUUGUAUGUCUCCUUCCGGCAACUCCUGCAGCCACGCUGGUCCCAAAUGUACCGUAUUGGCCCGAAUAUAAGCCACACUUCCCCCCCAAAUUCUGACCAUGAAAAGUUAAAAGUGUGGCUUAUAUUCAUGACCUUACGGUAUGCAGCAAGGAGCGUGGGGCAAACAGCACCAGGAGCAUAGUUCUCCCCCAAGGACAGGAAAGAAGAAAGCGAGGAAGGGGAAAGGCCGCUGGCAAUGCAGUGUCUCUCCCCCCCCACACACACACACAUAAGGCGCCCCUAGUUUUGGGAGGAGGGAAACAAGAAAAAAUUAUUCUGAAUCCCAGAAGCCAGAACAGGAAGAGGGAUCUGGCUUCUGGGAUACCGUGUGGCUGUUCUGGCUUCUGGGAUAACCGCGCCAAGCCUCUUCAGGGCAGCGGGAUGAAGGCUCCCCCUGCCCUGAGAGGCUGCGCAGGGCUAAGGCAGAAGCCAGGACAGGCGCGUCGCUGAAGGGGCGCUGCGCAGUUCUCCCUCUCCAUAAGACGCACUCACAUUUCCCCUUUUUAAGAGGAAAAAAGUGUGUCUAAUGGAGCGAAAAAUACGGUAUAUUCAGGUGCAGCUUAUAUUUGGGCCAAUACAGUAUUGCCCUGCUUUCCUUUGGACCACAUGAGUGAGGCCAAGAGUGGGGUCUUCUUGUCUGGGCAGCCCAGGACCUCCAGACACACUGCCCAGGCUUGCACCCCGGGGAGGUCACUUUGGUGCUGCUAAUGCAGCCCUUUGACUUCACCCCGGAGGUGUACUCCAUUUUCUCUCGACAAAGAAAGAAAGGAGGGGUGGUUUUUCUCCUGUCCUGGUGGGGCAAAUUUGCCCAGUUUUUCACUUUUAAACGUUCUAGACUUAACUAUGGGCAAUCCAUAAUUCCUGGUUAUAAAACAGUGUAAAAUCAUCAUAGUGUUGUGUAUUUCUUCUUUUCCUUCCAAUUAGGCAGGAAAUUGAGGAUGGAAAGGAAUGUCUCAUGAAGAUAAGGAACAAAGUCAUCCCCCCCUAUUUCAGUUCAGAAUUUGGCAUGGAAUUUCUGAAUAAGGAGGUAAGUGGGCUGUGAAAGUUUAACAGAGUUGGGCUAAUACAAACACCUCAUUUACACUGUACUGGGCUACUGACAACCUGCUCCUAAUAACUUUGCCCUUCUCACUGCUCAGACAUACGGAAUUGUGUGUACGGCACUGGUGGACAUAAAUUUGUUACUCAUAUUUUGACUGUUUUUGUUAGAAAGUUAAUUUCCUCCUCUGUUUUUUCUUUAAAGCUUCCUGAUGUUGAAAGUCUUUCGAAAAAGCUCCCUCCCUUCUCAAAGAAAGGAAAGAAGGGACCAUUGCUGGAUACAAUUACAGAAUCGGGUGAAAGCAAUCUAGGUAACGCUGCAACACUAAAUGACCCUCUCUUGAAUUUGUGAGUGCUGGGUCCCCAUUUGCCCUUACAUCCUCCAUAGUUGGACAUGGUGGCAGUGUCUGCAAGUUGCACAGCACUUUCUCAUGCUCCUUGUGUGCUACUAUAGAGCACAACAGGGCACAUACCGUAUUUUUCGCUCCAUAAGGCGCACCUAGUUUUUAGAGGGGGAAAUCAAGAUAAAAAGCCUGUCUGCUUCUCCCAGAGCUUCUGGAGCUGCCAGGGGAAGCCCGGGUUCCCUGCCCCCAGCCCCAAAGAGCAAAGAAGCCAAGACAGCGAGCGGGAUCCAUCCCGCUCACUGUCUUGGCUUCCUUUAUAGCAGCGUGCAACCUCUCCAGCCGGGAGAGGCUGUGCGUGGCUAAAGAAGCCAUAGCCGCGCGCAGCCUCUCCCAGCCGGAGGGGCUGCACGGCUAUGGCAAUACCCCCACCUCCCGCAAAAGCCCACAGGAGCGGCGCACCCUUUAAGGAGCGUGCGGCUCCUGCGGGCUUUUCUACGAGGAGGGAGAAGGGACUGACUACUGGCCGUGUCAGUCCCUUCUCCCUCCUGGGGAAAAGCCCACAAGAGCCACGCGGAGCUUGUGUGCGGCUCUUGGGGGCUUUUCCUGCCUGCCUCCCCCCUGCAUUCGCUCCAUAAGACGCACACACAUUUCCCCUUACUUUUUAGGAGGGGAAAAGUGCGUCUUAUGGAGCAAAAAAUACGGUAAGUAGCAUCACAUAAAGAGGCAGGUUCCUUCCCUCACCCGCCCCUUCCAGGACAGCUUCACACAUUUGGCCUGGAUAGCUCAGUUGGUUGGAGCGUGGUACCGAUAACGCCAAGGUUGCAGGUUUGAUCCCCAUAUGGGGCAGCUUCACAUUCUUGCAUUUCUGCAUAUUCCUGCAUUGCAGAUCAGAGUUGGACUAGAUCAGACAAGUGUGUACCGUGACACGUUAGUGUGUCGGCUGCAGUAUGUAGGUGUGUCAUGCGAACGCGCUUCUAAGGGAUUAGUUUAACCUCUGAUUUGCUAGUAAAACUGAAUUACAGUCGUAUCUUGGAUCCCAAACGCCCUGGAACUCAGACGUUUUCGCUCCCAAACACCUCAACCCCCCCCCCGGGGGGGGGUUGCCCUAAGUUUGUAGUACAGUGGUGCCCCGCAAGACGAAUGCCUCGCAAGACGGAAAAACCGCUAGACGAAAGGGUUUUCCGUUUUGGAGUUGCUUCGCAGGACGAAUUCCCCUAUGGGCUUGCUUCGCAAGACGAAAAUGUCUUGCGAGUCUUGAAAUUUUUUUUUCGCUUUCCCCCCCCUUUAUCUAAUCUGCUAAGCCUUUAAUAGCCUUUAAUAGCCUUUUAGCAGCUAAUCCCCUAAGCCUUUAAGCCUUUAAUAGCCGCUAAACCGCUAAUAGCGCUAAUAGCGCUAAUCCGUCAAUGGGCUUGCUUCGCAAGACGAAAAAACCGCUAGACGAAGACUCUCGCGGAACGGAUUAAUUUCGUCUUGCGAGGCACCACUGUAUUGUUAGUUUGUCAAUGUAACUAUUAGCUUGUCAAUGUCACUAUUGUAUUUCUCUAGGAAUGCUGGAGCUGUCAGACAGAAGCAAGACUUCGGGCGGUACGCUCACUAAUUCAUCAGGUUAUUCUGUAAUCUGUGCUGAAGUUUACCCAGAGUUCUCCACAACAGGUAAAGUAUUUCGGCAGGUCACUUGGAAAAGGAAGUCAUAAAUUAGAUGUGGCAACAAGUAAAAGUUUUGUCAGCAGUUGAGAACUAGCAGGCUUGCAUGCUGGCACAGUGAUAGAUGAGCAGACCUUCGUGAUAUUUGACUACCCCUAGGGAGGAGCCAAAGGGACGCGGGUGGCGCUGUGGGUUUUGAACCUAGCAGCUCAAAAGCAGGUCAAAGUGCAAGUAGAUAAAUAGGUACCACUCCGGCGGGAAGGUAAACGGCGUUUCCGUGCACUGCUCUGGUUCGCCAGAAGCGGCUUAGUCAUGCUGGCCACAUGACCCGGAAGCUGUACACCGGCUCCCUCGGCCAAUAAAGCGAGAUGAGCGCCGCAACCCCAGAGUCGGUCACGACUGGACCAAAUGGUCAGGGGUCCCUUUACUGUUACCUUAGGGAGGAGCCAAAGUUGAAAACUAGAGACAGCACUUAGUGCUAGUUUCCUUUGGAUGGUGAAGCACUGCAGACUUGACGUGCCUUCAUAAUAUGUACUCCAUUUACUAAUAGAAACAUAUCUCAUUAUUUACUUAAUUUAUUUCUAAUUCACUCUUCCCAAAGGAACCCAGGGCUGUCAAACAAACAAACAUUUCAAACAAUCAUUUCACAGUUAAUUUCAAGGGUGCCAAGAAUAAUGGAUUUGAGCUAUGAAAUACCUGGUCAAGCAGGAACAUCUUUAAAUUCCUCCAGAAUGUUAAUUAUGAGGGAGGGAGACACGCCUCACAUAAUCAUAAUUAUAAUCAUCAUUUUAUUAUUUGUACUCUGCCCCUCAAACAUUAAAACCUUCCCUAUACAAGGCUGCCUACAUUCAGGGAGGGCAUUCCAGACAGAGGGAACUGCUACCAAGAAUCUGUCUCUGAAACUUUUCUGAGACCCUCUGAAGUGUUCUAUAUUUCUGAGACUGAAACGGCACAAAUUUCUGAAACUAGGCCUUGAAGCACAAAAGUGUGUACAACGCUUCACAGGGUGAUAGAUGCCCAAUUUUGGUACCUACAGUUAGUUUACCUUUUACAAAUAUAACCUUUAAGUCUAAACGUAUUGUUGUUUGCCCACAGUCCUUAAAUUGCAAAAGCUUGUUGGUAUCAUAGAAUGGAUAGUUCAGAAAAAGUAUCAAAGGAGAAACUUGAAGAAGCCGAUUUGGGGAGACAGUGUUUACAGGCUAGCAACAUUGCUCUUAAGAAAGGACAUAACUGCGGCAUAGGAUUGCACUGGAAGAGAGCUAUAAAAAUGCCAAGUAUUCUUACUAGUAGCAUGUUGUUUCAGGGAUUUUUCUUCCAAAAUAAAAAAAAAAAACAGUCAUGCCUUCUGCAAUUAGGACUGCUACUACUUUUGGAUCAAGGGUUUUCUUUUUAUGUUUUAUUGAUUUGCUUAUUAUUAUUUUUUAAAAAAAUUUAUUCCAGUUCCCAGAAAAAAUAGGACACUCCUGAAUUUUCAAAGCACAUUUCAUCUUUGAAAGAUGAUGGGAUGAAAAAGAAUAUGAGAAAAUGUAGGGAAGUGAGACAACCUUAAGUAGCUAAUAAUAAGAGUGGGAGUGAAACUUAAGUUACUCUGAGCUAAAACAAAUAAAAAGAGCCGCAAGCAGCCCAAGAUGGCUAAUCCACUUUUAAUGUCCAAGUAAAUAUUACAGCAAGCAGAUCAGCAGGCUUAAACCUAUGUCUGUUCCAAUCAUGUGGAAAAGAGAUGGAAGUUUGGUUUAAGGAGUGUAGGGAUGGUGGGAUGACACACUGUCGCUCCCAUCCACGUCUUACCUUCCCUGAGUUUAUCACCUUAAAGUCUUAGACACUUUCUCCUUAGGAACCAAAAGUAAGACUGGCUUGCAGAAAUGUACCUCGAACAGGAGGCUAUAGGAAAGUAAGCAGUUGCUGCACAAGAGCCUUAGGAUCCCCUAAUCCACGUUCCUCUUUUGUUCUACAAAUUUGGCCCCAUGUACCUAUCCUUUUAAGGGACGCGGGUGGCGCUGUGGGUUAAACCACAGAGCCUAGGACUUGCCGAUCAGAAGGUCGGCGGUUCAAAUCCCCGCGAUGGGGUGAGCUCCCGUUGCUCGGUCCCUGCUCCUGCCAACCUAGCAGAGACCUAGCAGAAGAGCUAGAGAUAGGAGAAAGCUAAGUGUUGUUAGCCAAAGGAUGAAAGAAAUGGAAGUAUCCUAGCUAAGCAGGGAUGAUGAGGGCUCAGAGGCAGAGUAGGAAGAGGAUUUAAAGGCAAGGAAGAAAAAGUUUGACUGCUAGGGCCUGAUCUAUAUUUGCCACAGAGUAGGAUGGGAGAAUGGGACGCGGGUGGCGCUGUGGUCUAAACCACUGAGCCUCUUGGGCUUGCCGAUCAGAAGGUCAGUGGUUUGAAUCCCCGCAAUGAUGGGGUGAGCUCCCGUUGCUCAGUCCCUGCUCCUGCCAACCUAGCAGUUCGAAAGCACGUCAAAGUGCAAGUAGAUAAAUAGGUACCACUCCAGUGGGAAGGUAAAUGGCGUUUCCGUGUGCUGCUCUGGUUCGCCAGAAGCGGCUUAGUCCUGCUGGCCACAUGACCCGGAAGCUGUACGACGGCUCCCUCAGCCAAUAAAGCGAGAUGAGCGCCGCAACCCCAGAGUCGGUCACGACUGGACCUAAUGGUCAGGGGUCCCUUUACCCUUUACCUUCCUUUCCUUUGUUUGUGAUUGGGUCUUUCUUUAUUCAUGGUCAGGCCACACCUUGGUUUAAACAAAUGGGUCUGCUGAUAUACCACAUCUAGUUUGGCCCCGAAACAAACCACGUAAGAUAGGGGACACCUCCCAGAAAGGGUCAUUGGGAUUUGAGCAGAUAUUUGGAUGCAUGCCUUGCAUGCAUUUCAGAAAAGAAAAACGAAUAGCUCUCAGUUAAUUGCGCAAGAACUGUAGAAGUGGACUCGUGCAGAGUCUGCAGUCAGCCUUGGAACUCUCUUCGUUUUCAACAGAAAUGGCUGAGAGUAGAUUGGAGAUUGUCUUUGAGCCAAAACUCCAGUCUCUUCUGGUGGAUGCAGCAGGAUCCCCAAGGAAAGAGAAGGUGAAAUUGCCUGUGUCCAUACAGAGAGACAAGACACACUCUGUACCCAGGCGAAAGGUAAGAAACUUGAUCUUCCACUGUUCCACCAUUUCUAACCUAACCAUGAAUACAAACGGUAGAAGUAUAACUUCUUUCUUAAAACACUUUUUUUCUUAAGAUGCAUCAUCUGUUAUUAUACUGAUGUAAUAGUGCUUAGAAACCUGCACAAUCCAUUUAGCCUAAGACAACGGUGGGACAAAAUGAAAGUGGCUCUAUUGCGCUACAUUUAGCACCUUAAAAAAUGACGGUCUGCCUCCAGCCUUGCAUUGGCCAUUGAGAAAUACCAAAGCCAAUCAGAAGCAGAGGGAGGCCACACAGUUCAAUGGCAGCUCACACGUUUUGAUCUCUGCUAUCUCUAUCUCCAAUUAAAAGAACUUGGGUAAUCGGGUUGGGAAAGACUUCUCUCUGCAAGAGAUGUCGGAAAGCUAUUGACAACUCUAGGCUGGAAGGAUAAUUGCAUGGCUCAGUAUAAGGUGCAUCCUGUCUUCAUAGAUGGUCACUCUGUGUGAGUGGUUGAUGGGAAUUUGUUGUAGCCUCUAGGUCCCCACUCACCCCAAAACUGAAGGGCUGAUUUUGCUCGAGUUUCCCCGUGCUGAAGUCGAUACAAUUGGACUUUUUCCUUUGCAUAUGUAUGUGAUGACGAAUCAGCCUUAUGAACGGUUCCGUGCAUUCCCACAUGACAGGCCAUCAGCUCUAGGUCAGCCAUUGUACAUCUGCUUAAACAUUCAACUUGCGUUAUUUCUACCCAACAAAAACUGCCAUAUUGCUUGGAAUAUAAUGUUAGGGCUGGCCCCAGGGGCUGCCGGCAGCAGAGCUGAUGGGAGCAGAGCUGGCCUUGGCUCUGUUCCAUGUGUGAAGGCCACCAUAUUUCUUGCAAACCUCUUAGAGGAUUUAUUACAGUUGAGCAGUUUACACGUUUUGUUGACUAAAUAAAUACUGGGUUCCCCAAGAGGCAAUACGCAACAUCAGGCAUCAUAUAUUGGGAAAAUCCAAGAUGGUGGCCAUCGCCCAGAGACCCAAACCAAUUGCCAGCAUAGCUUCUAUAAUCAGUUCUGCUGCCCACCACCACUGGGUAACAUCUCACCCUAUUCUUUCCACAGAAGUAAUUGGCUGGCAGGAGCAAAGCAUCUGGGCCCUGUGGAGAUUCUGGGGAGGUAACAGUGCUAGGCAGGGGCCCAGGUUGGCACUGGGCAGAGUACUACUGGCAGCGCUGUUAGGUGCCCAUCAGUGUCUGAUGCUGGUUGUGUUGGGCAUCUGAGUUAGGGGUUCUGGGCACAGAACGCCAGUCUACUGUGAAGCGUAUGAGUUCUGUGAAUGGAGGAUUGCUUGAUAAUGGGUCAUUUUUCUCAGGCCAGUUUGCCUUCAAAUUAGGAGUACGUUUGGCCUCCCUAAUCCGUGCUUCUCAUUCAUGCAGGGUGAAGAUCCCGUUUCUGGCAAAGUUCACACAUGCUCUGCUACAGCAGCUUCGCAGCAAAUGUCAGGCUUUCUUCUCAUCCCACCUAAGGUGUCAUUUGGGGUUCUCAAGGAGGGCUGCACUUACAAAACCAUAGUAGUCUUGAAGAACAUCGGGAUGAAUUUCUGCAGGUUGGCAUAUUUAUUUAUUUGAAGCACCAUAUUUGUUUCCUUGCUGCUACAUGUUUGGCAAGACUUCCACAAAAUGAUAAAGGGGUGCAGAGAAAUCUUGGCAAUCAUGAAAAAAGCAAAAGAUUCUAUGUUUCUGCUAUUUUCUUGCUUCCUGAUCCAGUCAGUCCCAACCAACAAGCUAGCUCACUUUGUUUCUUGGCAGGUUUCGGGUGAAGCAACCACCACCCCGUACUGGAUUGCGAGUGUGCUACACCCCAGGGCCUGUAAGUCAGGGGGUGUUUGUCGUGUUUUUUUCAUGUGCUGGGGUCCUCAAUGUUUCAAGACGUUGCUUAGGAGGGAGGAGUUUCCAAUAUUGCAGUGGCAGCAGCUUUCUGAAAAAGGCAUUCAAAGCUAUGAAACACUACCUGAAUCUCAGUUUCAGCUCUCAUAAUCCUGACAAAUCUCAAUUUAUCACGAGGCAGGCGCACAUGGCCAUCCCCCCAGGUGCAUUCUCCCGUUGCUUUUCCUGCCUUGCCUAAGAAGAGCAGCUCUCUUGCUUAAGAUUUUUCUGAACUCCUGCCUGUUUUACUUCCCCGCUCUUCUAAAUCUGCAGCUCUUUAUUUUCCUUCUCUGUUAAAAAGAAAGAAAAGGGGAAUUUUAUUUUCUGAUGCUUAACCACCACCACCCACCCCAGCAACAAUGAGAAACAUCAUUUGGUUUAAAAAAGGCUGCUAAGCCAAAAGCCAUUCCAAUUGUCUGAUCUAAGGACAGUCCUCAGAAUAAUUUCUCCAAAAGGGUUUCUGUUUUGCUACUGCCCAUUCUUCUACAGCAAACAGUGCAGAGCACACAUCCUUUUUUUUGAAAAGGUGCAUUUGAAUUCUCUGCACACAGCUUGUUGCUCACAUUGGGAGCUACUUGCUCUAUAGUAAGGCUGGUAAAGAAGAUUCUGUUGGAGGUGUAACAUCCUGUUUUGUAGCGUGCUAUGAGGCGGCACCAUCUUGAACAUUGUAGGUGAGGUUCUCCCAUUCCUCAUCCAUUGUUCCCCUGGUCCUUGCUCACUUUUUGGUAAAGCAAACAGCCUUCAACAUGAGUCCAACUAAUCUGGGGUACUUUCAGCUUCGUCCUUUUUUUUUUACUGUUACAGUUUCUGGUGUCCUCCUGCAUGAUGUGAGAAAAACCAUUCAUGAGGAGGUUCAGCGUUGCUCAAUUUUAAUGAUUUUUUUAUAGGUAGCUUCUGGGUUGCAAACAGAGCUGGAAGUCGAUAUCUAUGCUAUGGCUAUUGGAGUAGAAGGCAGUGAGGGAGCAGGUGAAGUUUCCCAUCGGAUCGAAAUUUACACAGAAACGGAAACUCUUUUCCUACCUGUGGAAGCAAAUAUCCUUUAUUGCUUUUCUGUGCAGGACAAACUGGUGGCCUUUACUGCACAGACGGCCACAAAACUCCACACCCACCCACCCCCAACACACUCACACACUUUGAGCAAGUUACUUUAUUUUGAAGACUUUGCAGUCCCUUAAAAUACUUUUGGAGAGAGAUGUUUAUUGUUGACAUCUGUCUCUCUCGGGAGACAAUGGGAAGUGUGUGCCUUUGGGGGUAAACUCCAACCCUUGGAGAUGUUUACGCAACCCAAGUUGUUUCAAAAUGUUGUUUUAAUGUUUGGGAAGAGAAAUUCUAUAAAGGCUAAAUGUUUAGAGCUUUUUACAGGGCCAUCCUGUGGUCCCCACUGCCCUUUCAGCCAGAAAUCUUCUCCUUAACAUUGGCUGAGCGUAGUUGAAAUCCUAUAUGCUCUGAUGUUUUUCUGAUGUUGUAAAGAUGCUCUUUGUAAGGUUCUCCUGGAAAUGACUCACAGUGAUUUACAGACACAAUAGAAAAGAAGAAAACAAAUGACAGGAACAGUAGAAAUCUCCACCCAUGCAACUCCCUUCCAUUAGUUCUGGUCCUGCCUUGUGGAACAAGAGAAAACACCUGCUCCAUCUUCUGUGUGGCAGCCUUUCAGCUAUUUGAAGGCCAUUGUCAUAUGCUUGCUUAGUAAACUCCAAAUACUAAUGAGGAACAGGGUGGCACCUCUGCCCCUUCCACCAUUUGUAGGAACUUGGAAAGCUGCUAAUCAUUGAAGCUGCUCUUCAUCAUCCAGCGAAAGAGUAAGAGUUUGGAGAGAACCCAACUUCAUAUCCCAGAUGUGAGCUAAACUCUACUUGAAUAACAUCAGCUCUUGUCUCCUGAAUCAGCCUGCUCCCAUAGCUUCAUUAACUAUGAACCCUGAAAUUUGGGAUCGCCUUCAAAGCUUUGACAGAGUUUUUCAACGAAUGUAUCAGUUACUCAGCUUGGAGGAAGCUGCAAAACUAUGGCACAAGUUUGCAGGGGAUCCCAAAUUUGGGGGUUCGUGGUUAAUGAAGCUUGCUCCCAUCUCUGUUCUUUACUAGUUUCGCAAUGCUUUUUUUGUCACCAGAAGUGGAAGUGCCAGCUGGAACCUAAUGGCCAAAGCAGUCCUCUGCCGGUUAGGAGAGAUGCUCUUUAUCUAUAUUAACAGGGCACACACAAGUGCUUCACAAAGCAACAUCCUUAACGUGCCUUUCACCAGUCUUAACAAGCAACAUCUAUGACAGCAGACCCCCCAACUAUCCUCAAGGGGGAAAGGCUCCUACCACUCAGCUGGUUUCAGAAAGCCCAACCUCUCAUUUUAGAGUUAUACUACCCCACAAGCUACCUGGUUAACGUAAGUAAUUUAAUUGCAUUUAAGCGCGGAAACUCCGUUUGAACAGUAUGUACUUUCUGAUAACUGAUUCCUACCACACUGUGCAGAUCUCAGUGCAUCUUCCAAAAGUGAAGACCCUGAAAUUUAUAACUCACUGGCUUCCUUGCCACUGGCUUCCUUGCCAAUUGUAUGGAGGCUACCGGCAAUGGUGUCAUAGUCCAAAAUAGUUCCAUGGCACUGCCUACCUCACCAUUAAGACAACAAGGAUUACUGGUAUAGCGAUAAUUUGAGAGAUUGGGGUAGGAGAGGACCGGAACGGCUUUAGCUGAGGUUGCAUCCAUUCUGGAAACAAGUGGAAGAUAAAUCAAUUACCCCUUUUCUUCCUGCCAGGGCUCCUACACUGAACCCUUGUGGUUGAGGAGGAACUGCUGUCGACACUUCUUGCUGCAUUUGACUCCUGAAGCAGAUUUAGCUGGUCUGCAACUGAUCAGUUGCAGCGUUCCCCUCUAAAUUAGGGGUGAGCAACCAUUUUGCCCCCAAGCAACAGUGGGUGAGUGCUCAGGGGCCAUAUGCCAGUGACCUGGGCAUAUGCACACAGGGCUUUCAAAUACUCUCUCCACUCCAGCAGGGAGAGAAUAAUAUUAUUUUUUUAUUUAUACCCCGCCCAUCUGGCUGGGUUUCCCCAGCCACUCUGGGUGGCUUCCAACAAAAUAUUAAAAUACAGUAGUCCAAACAUUAAAAGCUUCCCUAAACAGGGCUGUCUUCAGAUGUCUUCUAAAAGUCUGUGUCAGGGAACUGACAUCGGAGCCAGAGGCGGAGGCUAGGCUCUCAAGCGAUGCUGGAGAAGGGCCCAGCAGGGGGAGAGGCGGCUCACCAGCUGGGGAAAGAAAUCAGCGUAACACCAGGGAUAAAGGGGGGCAGAUGGGGGAAUCGGCGAGGGGCUCCAGGACUCCUCGCCGGAGAUCAGCGAGGAGAGCACGGGUCCUCCGCUACCCACGCCCUCCCUGCGCAGAAGGCUUCCGCGCAGGGAGAGUAGGAGGAGACUUGGAGUCAAACAACUUUUAUGCUGGAAAAGGUUUAAGAAACGCCCACUGACGGAUUCUGCUAGCGACUGAACAGCCACGAAGUGCAGGGGCUGUCCAGACAGAAAAGGUUUAACAAGGCAACCUAGCCAGGAGUGGCACCAACUUGCGCACGAGUAACCCCUACAUUUAUUACAGUCUGGUAGUUAUUUUUCUCUUUGACAUCUGGUGGGAGGGCGUUCCACAGGACGGGCGCCACCACCGAGAAGGCCCUCUGGCUGGUUCCCUGUAACUUGGCUUCUCGCAGUGAGGGAACUGCCAGAAGGCCCUCGGCGCUAGACCUCACCUACUGCAGCAUGAUUUAUGGGGGGAGGCCCACACCAUGGCUCUCCUGGAGUGCCUUUGCUCCCUGUCACAUCCACGCUUGCCUCUGCUUGCCAGUUGCUUGGUAGGCUGGGAGGGAUGCAGUUUACAUUCAGAGAGGGAUGGCUCUGUCUCAGCAUGCUCCUCACAGCCUGCCCUAAAGCUGUUUGGCAAGCUGAGAGAAAUGUGAUUUGUUUCUGAAGUGAGCGCUAGGUAAAAUUCAGCAAAGGGAUGAAUUCAACAGCAGGAGGGUGACGGCCACCUGCAGUGGGCCACAUGGAGGUUAUCCACAAGUGCUCUUAAAAUUAGUGAAAUAAUUACAAAAAAGGCACUUUUUGAAAUUUUCAGUUUUCUUGGUUUCAGACUCGUUACUCAGUGGGCGAAUAUUCUUCCUUAGUGAUGAAACUGUCACAUUACCCUGCGCUGGAAUUUCAAUGCUGCAACAAGAACUACAAUGAAGUUUUUAACACAGCCCGGCUAUCUUUUAACUUCGCAUUGUUGCUGUUUUUCAAAACAGACCAUGGCAGGCUUGGAAUGGUGAUUAUAACAUCACAACAGCCCUACAAUGGUAAAAUUAUCUAGCAGCAAUAUCAUCUUGAUGUUUUUGAAGUAUAAAAAUUUCCCAUCGAUACUUAUUAAUAUAUAUUUAGGCAUCAACGUUUAACAAUAAAGUUUAGUUCCUCGUCAUUGUGGUUCUCCGAUUUGGACUUUGACAAUAUUUUAUUUAACAGUGGAACUGGGAAAUGAGCUUUCCACUCCAUUUGUGCUACCACCAAGCAGUUUUACUGGAGAGAAAUAGCUAUCCAGUCAGACUAUUUACCAGAUUCAGUUUCUGUUUUAAGAUAAGACAUGAAGCAAUAGGAUGGAGCAAUUAAGAACCAAAUGAAGGGAAUCCUGCCCAUUCUUUUCCAGCAGUAAGAGGACCUUUCACUCUCAGGUUGACAUUAGUGGGGUAUACUGAGCGAUGUCUCAUUAAUGCUUUUGUGGCUGAUGAGGCACAUGUAUCUGU